AUGGCACGGCCCAAUGGUGGCAUCACCAACUUUGACAACUUCCUGUUUGCCAUGCUCACUGUUUUCCAGUGUAUCACCAUGGAGGGCUGGACUGAUGUUCUGUACUGGGUGAGGCUGCUUUAUGAACGACACCCAGCUAGCAAACUAGCAAGCUUCUCUACUCACAGUACACAGAGGUUUCAACAGGGUUAGCUUAGCUUCAUCGCUAACACUGGAUGAGCUCCACUAAAAUCUCAUUUGUAGAACCUUUAUAAAAUGUCAGAAAUAAUGUACACAAACAUACUCCCCCUCCCCUCUACGAACUCCCACCUAUCUCUCCCUCUCUCCUUAACCUGUGUCUGAACCCUACCUCUCUGUCCAAUUCUCCCUCCCUUUCUCUUCUCUGCUUUUCUCCCUCUCUCUUCUUAACUUGUCCUCACCCCUGCGUCUCUACUCCAUCACUCCCUCCUUUUCUCUCUCUGCCGAAUGACUCUCCCUCCCUCUCUAUCGGUACUGUCCUCUCUUCUUCUCGUUCAUGUAUCAGUUACCAUGGCGAUGUCAUGCUAAUGAAGCCAUGAAUGGGGUGAAGGUGACAUUGGGAGUGGAGGAGAGAUGCAGCCACUCGACAGACAUGAAAGGGAUUGAGUGAGAACUGAACACAGAGGAGGAAUGGGGAGAUGAGAUUGGCAGUUAUCCACCUCCUUUUCAAAGGUUUUUAAAUCACGGAAGCAAGCGAAAUACGGAAACUAUGGAUACAACUUCCCCCGCACUAUGCAUUAUCAUAAUUCAUAUGUGCGCCACUAGAAACCCAGUCAAUAGCAUAUUUCUGCAUUAUUUUGUAACGAAAUCAACAACUGCAAUAAUACUACUAAUACAAGUUGCAAGCUAAGACUGGGAUGGAUCCCCAAAGUAUAAGGUGGGAGUAUUCCCAAAAUCUAUUAUGAGAGGAGACGGAAAAACAGUACCUGACCCAGCGGGUCUCACCACUGGCUAGGAUACUGAUAUGAAACCCUUGUGGCCGUCCAUAAAGUGAGCCAAAUAUGCACAUAUAUCAUUGAUUCUCUUGCGGUUGAUGGUCAGGCUAUGGAAAAUCUUAAAAGCUCAGAAGCCUACCAGUAUGUAAAGAGCAAUAAAGUUGGACCGUUCUGGCGAAGUUCGUCGGAGACGAAGAUAAGUGGAUCUUACUCAAAGCCAAUGUCGAGCCGAGCCAGCGACUGAGGAGCCAACCCCACCAAGCAUGGGUGGUAUCUAGCAUGGAGGAGAAGUACUGACUGCUGGUUUCACCUGCAUCGCUGUUUAGGGGAAAAUCUGUUGCCACGCCACCCGAUAUGUGGAAGGUGAGAUUAAUACGACACUAGCUAGUUAGCUACCACUAUCUAUUUCCCCUGUUCCUGUAAUUGGGAUGCAGGACACACUUUUCACUUGUUUACUUCCAAAUGCAUCUGAACUACACCUACGGGAAGUCUUGUGGGACCAUCGCACAUUUCUUCAGCCUCCUGAGGUUGAAGGGGUGCUGUGCGCUUCUUCACCACAAUGUCUGUGUGGGUGGACCAUUUCAGAUGUCAGUGAUGUGUACUCCGAGGAACUUGAAGCUUUUCACUUCUCCACUGCGGUCCCAUCGAUGUGGAUAGGGCCGUGCUCCCUCUGCUGUUUCCCGAAGUCCACGAUCAGCUCCUUCAUUUUGUUGACAGUGAGGAGAGGUUAUUUUCCUGGCAACACUCCGCCAGGGCCCUACCACCUUCCGGUUGGCUGUCUCGUCAUUGUUGGAAAUCAGGCCUACUAUUGUUGUUUGUCUGCAAAACUUGAUGAUUUGAGUUGGAGGUGUGCUUGGCCACGUAGUCAUGGGUGAACAGGGAGUACAGGAGGGGGCUGAGCACGCACCCUUGUGGGGUCCCUGUGUUGAGGAUCAGCGAAGUGAGGUGUUGUUUCCUACCUUCACCACCUGGGGGCGGCCUGUCAGGAAGUCCAGACCCAGUUGCACAGGGCGGGGUUCAGACCCAGGGUUCCGAGCUUAAUGAUGAACUUGGAGGGUACCAUGGUGUUGAAGGCUGCGCUAUAGUCAAUGAACAGCAUUCUUACAUAGGUAUUCCUCUUGUCCAGAUGGGAUAGGGCAGUGUGCAGUGCGAUGGCGAUUGCAUCGUCUGUGGAUCUAUUGGGGCAUUAUGCAAAUUGGAUUGGGUCUAGGGUGUCAGGUAAGGUAGAGGUGAUAUGCAUCUUAACUAGCCUCUCAAAGCACUUCAUGAGGACAGAAGUGAGUGCUACAGAGCGAUAGUAAUUUAGUUCAGUUACCUUUGCUUUCUUGGGUAUAGGAACGAUGGUGGACAGCUUGAAACAAGUGGGGACAGCAGACUGGGAUAGGGAGAGUUGGAGAGGGUUUAUCUAAUGUUCUGUGUUAGAUUUUUGCUCAUCUCGCUCUGGCUAACAUUAGUUGUUGAUCUUGUUGUUGUUCAUGUGCAUAACUGAGGGAGAGAGAGCCUACCUUUUCAUGGUUGUUUUAUCAAUAGGACUGUAAAGUUCCCAAAUGUAAGAGGACUCCCGUGGUGUUACAUAUCUGCAGAAAACCAUUCAGGUGUAUUUUGUGGCUUUUGGCGAAUGCGUUCUAAUGAUCUAAAGUCGUGCUGUUGCACCUGCCUGUAAACACACAGUCCAGUUCAAAGUGAAUGAUGGCAGGCCCAUGUUGCUCUGAUUGGCUAUAACUCACCAGUAUGUGUAGACUCCGGUCCUGGACAAGACAGAUGUUUUUAUUCGGUUUUAUUUACUGCAGUGUCUAUUAAUUGUCCAAAUGCAUGGCCGCUCUACUCUAAAUUGCUUUAGAAUUUUCAAAAAUGCCUUAGUAUAUGUAAUUCGCAAAACAUCCUAAGAAUUUAUGAAAACGUGAAAAUAAAUAUAUCUAAGUGGUCGCUUGUCAGAUUUGUUUUUUGUAAGUGUUGAAUUCAUCCUGGGGGUGUAUAUGAACAGAUUUUUUAAUAGAUUUCAUGUUGCUUAAAUGCUGUCAGUUCCACUUUAAAUGCAACAAGUUUCACACACUAGCUAUUUUCAAAGAGAUGGCUAACAACAGCAAGCGCACUGCAAUAAAAAAACACAGUUCCACUCACCAGAUGAUGAUCAUUUGAAAACUUACAUUCUUGUUGAAAGUUAUUCUUGAAAAAGGAAGAGAAGCUAACAAAUUAGCAACAACAUCCUCUUUGAUAACACCUGCUGAAGCCGCUGCAAACUAGCCGACAACAAAAGCUAGCAUAGCUAGACUGUGGGAAAACUACUGCUCGCUAUUGCACAAUGACCUGUUGGCCUUCAAGAAGGCAUAAGUUUCCAGACGUUUUUGUAAAAAACGGUCCCACUCAUUAAGUCAAAAUGUGAUUGGUUAAUUCCACUGUCACUCCAAAAUGUUCCCAAUACAGUUGAAUGGCAGAUGCCUUUAUCUAGCUUCUGAUGGCCUAGCCAAUGGCUGACUUAGCUAGCUAGAUUUAUCUCCCAGGACAGAAUGAAGAAUCUGAUAGGUUUAAAAUCUCUUCAGUGUUAACCCUUUCCCUUCUAACAAAAAACUGAAGAGAUUUAAAUCAGAACAUCAUUGAAAAUAAUAAUAUAAUUAGAAUUAUAAUAAUAAUAAUAAUAUUAUUAUUAUAAUAUUCUCUGAAGGUGUAGAAGGCCCAUUGUUCCACACUGUGUUGGGUUAGUAAUAAUUUGGAGAGUGGCUCUAUUUUUCCUCAGCAUGCAUUUUUUCACUAUUCUGAAUGUCUAAAGAAUCAUAUAUCUGAAAUAUGAACACAGAAAUACUGGACAUUUUGAAAUCUUAUUAUGGUGGUGAUUUGACAAAAUUACAAUCAUGGUAUUGAAUUGCAUUUUUCUGGUCUCGGUCUUGACUCUGUCUCGGAACCCUGGUCCCUCUCCUGGUCCGGUCUUGACUCGGUCUCACCCCCCUCCGGUCUUGGUCUUGAAUCGGUCUCGCUUUAGGUGGUCUUGAGCACAACAAUGCUGUGCGCACCACCACCAAUUCCGCAAAAUUCAUCCACGGACACUGUAUCCCUCCAUUCCGGGGAAACAUGGCCACCAAACAUGGAAAGGAGAUGAAGAUCCAUGGCAUACCGGGUUUUGUGCAGGCUCAGGGGUUUGAGGUGGUUCACAAAGGUCUGGUGGUGUGCCCAGAGGAGCCAUGGCUGUGCAGCCAGUUCAGAACGGCAUUGUAGACGACAGAGCUGUCUGGAAAUAAAGUGUACCAGUGACCAACUCACUUGUCCAAUCCCUACAGGAGAGAAGAGAAGAUGUCGUUGUGAGAUAGGAGGGGGGGAUUUGUGAUGCAGUCCAAUGGGCCAAGGUGGUACUACUUACAAGUUUAGUUGUGGAUGUACUGCACCAAAACCAGUUUGUCAUGUGGACCCCAUCAGAACAGAUAAUACUUGACAUACCGUUUGACAACAAAUUCACACAGCAGCAAGUAGAAUGACUCUGAAUGUUCUACUUUGGACAUACGCUGCCUUCUUUGGUAGAUUAGUUUUCUCAGGGCAGACUGCAGCUAUGCCAGAAAUAUCUGGACAUUCUCAAGAGCUAGAUGCCAUAGAUGUGUGAUGGGGUAAAAUGACACAAUCUGCUUUGAAAGUUGUUAAUCACGGAAAUCUCCUUCCAUUGUUUGAUUUAAUUCUCUCUUCAAUCCGCCUGAUAAACACCACAGUUAUUUAUCAUGUUUAUGCCAUAAUAUAAUAUGUGUGUCUGCAUCAAAAGCCUGCACCCUCACUAGUCUUGGAGAGAGAGAGUCACUUCAAAGAGGAUGCCAGGGUUAACUGUAGUUACGGUAGAAUCGUUUCCAUCGACAAACCUAAUAGAUACGUUCGUUUCUAUGGCAGACUGUAAUCUGUACUUCUAAUAGGGGCUAAAUGUGAUGAUUGAUAUACAGGGACUUAUGGAUUGUCCUCUAAACUGUGGACUGUCAAUGUUGUUGUUGUUUCAGAUGAAUGAUGCCAUGGGUUCUGAGCUGCCCUGGGUCUACUUCGUCAGUCUGGUCAUCUUCGGCUCCUUCUUUGUUCUCAACCUGGUUCUGGGAGUGUUAAGCGGGUAAGAUAUUGAGAGUUGCUAACACAUGCACAUAUGCACACACACGUAGGCAUGCAUGCACAGCCACACGCCUGCACAUACAGUUGAAGUUGGACGUUUAAAUACACUUAGGUUGGAGUCAUUAAAACUCAUUUUUCAACCACUCCACAAAUUUCUUGUUAACAAACUAUAGUUUAGGCAAGUUGGUUAGGACAUCUACUUUGUGCAUGACACAAGUAAUUUUUCCAACAAUUGUUUACAGACAGAUUAUUUCACUAUAAUCCUGUAUCACAAUUCCAGUGGAUCAGAAGUUACAUACACUAAGUUGACUGUGCCUUUAAACAGCUUGGAAAAUAUCAGAAAUGAUGUCAUGGCUUUAGAAGCUUCUGAUAGGCUAAUUGACAUCAUUUGAGUCAAUUGGAGGUGUACCGGUGGAUGUAUUUCAAGGCCUACCUUCAAACUCAGUGCCUCUUUGCUUAACAUCAUGGGAAAAUCAAAAGAAAUCAGCCAAGACCUCAGAAAAAAAGAAGAAAUUGUAGACCUCACAAGUCUGGGUUCAUCCUUGGGAGCAAUUUCCAAACGCCCGAAGGUACCACGUCAUCUGUACAAACAUAGUACGCAGUAUAAACACCAUGGGACCAGACAGCCGUCAUACCCUCAGGAAGAAGCGCGUUCUUCCUAGAGAGAACAUACUUGGGUGCGAAAAGUGCAAAACAAUCCACAACAACGCAAAGGACCUUUGAAGAUGCUGGAGGAAAAGGUACAAAAGUAUCUUAUCCACAGUAAAACGAGUCCUAUAUCGACAUUUAAAAAUGAAAGGCGCUCAGCAAGGAAGAAGCCACUGCUCCAAAACCGCCAUAAAAAAAAUGACCCCAAGCAUACUUCCAAAGUUGUGGCAAAAUGGCUUAAGGACAACAAAGUCAAAGGGAUUGGAGUGGCCAUCACAAAGCCCUGACCUCAAACCUAUAGAACAUUGUGGGAGGAACUGAAAAAGCUGUGCGAGCAAAGGGGGCCUACAACCUGACUCAGUUACACCAGCUCUGUCAGGAGGAAUGGGCCAAAAAUUUACCUAACUUAUUGUGGGAAACUUGUGGAAGGCUACCCGAAACGUUUGACCCAAGUUUAAACAAUUUAAAGGCAAAAGCUCCCAAAUACUAAAUUUAGUGUAUGUUUAAAAUUCUGACCCACUGGGAAUGUGAUGAAAGAAAUAAAGUGAAAUAAAUCAUUUCUCUACUAUUAUUCUGAAAAUUUAAAAUUCUUAAAAUAAAGUGGUGAUCCUAACUGACCUAAGACAGGGAUUUUUUAUAGGGUUAAAUGUCAGGAAUGUGAAAAAAGAGUUUAAAUGUAUUUGGCUAAGGUUAUGUAAAUUCCCGACUUCAACGUAUGUACACACCCACACACACUGAGGAAAAAAUGUCUAAUGUGGGUGUGUCCGUCCACAGAGAGUUCUCCAAGGAGAGAGAGAAGGCCAAGGCUCGUGGAGACUUCCAGAAAUGAGAGAGAAGCAGCAGUGGAGGAGGAUCUGAAGGGCUACCUGGAAAUGGAUCACUCAGGCCGAGGACAUCGACCCUGAAUGAUGAGGAGGGGGACGAGGAGGGGGGCAAACGCAACCGUGAGUCCUUCACCUCACCACCCCCUUCACAUAACAUUCCCCCUUCUCCUCUACCUGUUAGGAGCACCUGUGGUUCAGAGACAGGGACAGAGUUCUAGGUUUUUUAAACACACAUGGCUCUGACAAGGGUUUUCCUCUUACGUAAAAUGAGGUGAGGAACACAGUGCUAAUCUUCCUAUUCAAGGUGGAGCCCAGAAAGAGAAGAGUUUAGUUUUAAAUGGUUGGUGUGGUGAAUGUAUUAUACGACAAAUGAAUGCAUGUCCAGCAUUGUCAUUCUGCUGCUGAGGUCUUGUUCCAUGCUCUUGCUUUUUUUUGUUCCUUUUGGUUAUCAUCUAAAGCCCUAUUUGGACGGAUAAGUUUUACUGGGGGAGCUCAGGGAAUGUAAUUUGUGCACAAGCCAAAUCACCACGUCCGUUCAUUUUGUCCCGUACGAAUCUGCCAUGUCAGUCAUUUUUACUUGGCAGGAAGGUUAUUAUCCCAGCCCUAAAAAACCCCUUUUUCCCCAAAUUUAACCCGGGGCAAAUCUUUCACCCGGGGUUUUUUGAGGGAUUUUAAAAGGGUUUUAACGGGGUGUUUGGCCCCCAGUUUGGGAAGAACUUUAGAAAAAAAAUUGAUGUUUUUAAAACCCCCAAAAAGUGUUAUGCAGUGCCACAGAUGAAUGAUCUUUUUUGUCAAUAUCAAUUACUGUGAAAUACUUUUUUUUAAAAAGUUAAAGGGGAUUUUUGCCAAUUUUUGUUAAAGGGGCGAAAUUUUUUGGGGAAUUAAAUGGUCUGCAAGGUUUCAGUUUGGGGGGUUUUUCAAAAAAGGGGGUUGCAUAUUUAAUUUUACCUUUCCCCUGAAAAAGGGCCCCUUUAGGCCCAAUAUUGGGAACCCCUGUAAAGAAGGGAGGUGAAAAUUCGGGGCGAAGUCAACCCCCGGGACCCCGGCUUUUUUGGAAACGUAUUUUACCCCCGAAAUUUUAAAAAGAAAAAGAAAAACAAAAUUCCCCAAAAAUUGGAGGAAAUAAACACCCGCCCACGACAUUUGCCGAUGACAAAAUUCCCAAUAAAACAAACACAAUGCCCCGCCCCAGGGUUUAAAUGGGGAAAAACAAAAACAAGCUAAGGGGAAAGGGGUACACAAUCAGGAAAAAACAAGCAAACACCAAAAACAUGGACCCGGGGGAAAGCUAUACCCGGGGGAAAGACGAACCCCCGAAGCUGCCGAGCAAAGGAGGAGGGGGGCAGCCCUCGGGAUUCCGCCCCCAGUACCCCCCACCGGCCCCCGGGGCCCCGGCCCGGGGGAGGAGGGGGCCGGGAGAAGGGGAUUUGGGGUUUUGACUCGGUGGAAGUCCCUCAACAUGGGGGGAAAUUCUAGAAGCCCUCCCGGGGGGCCCCAGCCCCGUUCCUCCGGACUUACCCCUCCCACUCCCGAGAAAAUGGGCCCCCCGUCCGACGCCUCAAACCCCAAGAUGGAAACGGACUGGUACGCGGACCCCUCGGGGUCCAAGGGGGGCGGGGGAAAGGACCUUCUUUUACCCCACUCUCCGGGGAAAGGGGCCAGCCAAAGGCCUGAGGAGGGGACACAGGGAAAACGGGGGGUUUAAUGCGAUAAAAAUGGGCAGUUGAAAACUAAAAAUCCCUUUGUUCAAUCUUCAGGCCUUUAAAGGGCCCCCCCCAAACCGCCAAACCCAGUUCACGGGGGGCGGGAAAAAGGGGGCCCAGGUUUGGGUCGAGACCGCCCCGGUUUCCCUGGGGCAUACACCGGGGGCCCCCAGCGGUGGCGAUCGGCGUCGCCUUUUGCCCCCCGGGAUGGCACGCUGCCGGCGGUUAAAAAUUUUCCCCCGAGCGCCGAAAACCAUUGUCCCCCGCAGGGGUUCGGUUGGCUCUGUUUGCCAAGGUCCAAAACCGGUAAAAAACCUAACCCCACCUGGAAAGGGAAAGGUUAGUGGACAAAUGGCGGAGGAUUUUUGGGGGCUAUCUCUGCCCAGGGAAUAUCCCCCGGGCCCACCUUGCCGGGCCCGGAAAUUUAGACCUCAAAAAACCCAAACCCCUUUCCGGGUUAACUUUCCACCUGCCCAUUACUUUGGGGGUUUGAAAACUGAGGUAAGGUAAUCGAGCCCCCCAGACUUUCCAAAAAAGCCCCCAAGACUUAGGGUAAAUGGGGACCCGAUCAGACACAAUCCUCGGGGCACCCAUGGGCCCGGACGGGGAUUUUGUAAAACGGGGGCCUCACCCGUUUGUGGGCCCAGUGGGAGAUUUGGCAGGGGAAUGAGACGGCAGGUUUGGGGAAAACCGACCAAAGACCAAGAGUGGGUUUUCCCCGGGGAGGGGGGAAGGUCGGUAAAAAACCCCCCGAAGGUGAGCCCCCGGGCCCUUUGGGGAAACGGGAGGGGUUUUAACCCCCCCGGGGGGUUUUGGGGCCCUACAUGGGCGAAGAGCGGGGGGGGAAACAAAACCCCUCAGUCUAGCAAGGGGCCCACCAGCCCCUCUCAAAAAGCAUUCCCUUUUUUUUUUUCCCCGACCAAAAAAGGAUGAAGAGGAAAGGGGUGACGGGGGGGCCCCAGUAUACCAAAUUUGGUCGGCCGGGCCCCCGGCGGAAGAAACCCCCGCCCCUUGGGGAAAAUGGGAGGGUGGGUGGGAAAGGAAGCCCCUCUUUUCCCGAAUCCCCCCCUUUGCCACAAAAAUUGGGGAUUUUGGGGAGUGGUCAAUAACCUUUUUCUGUGCAAACGGGGGGGGCCUUUUUUUGGCCCUUGGCUUUUUCUGGGGCCCUUUUUGGUAUUAGUUGGCAAAAUACAAAGCCGGGAAAGAAACUUUGCCACCCGGGAGGAACCCCUGGGGUUGCCCCCGGGAAAUUGUAUCCCAAUUAAAACAUUUAAGGGGCAGAAUGGAGAAAAAGGGGGGUUUUGGAAACCCCAACCCAAGUUUUCCCCACACCCAGAAAACCCCCCCGACCCACCCCCCCGGGGCCAAGCCCCACCCCCCCCCUAAAUAAAGGGGUCCCGGAGGGCCCCCCCCUUAAAGAAGGAAAGCACAGGGGAAAAGGUUUAGGUUUGGAAACCCCCGGCCCGCUUUAACCCCCAGCCCCAACCCGACCCCCCGGCCUGGGGAAGGGCAAUCCACACCCCCCUUUAAGGGGGGCCAAAAAGGGGACCGGAUGCGCCAGAAAAACCCCGGGGAAGGAAAACCAAGGCCCCUCCCCCUUUUUUCCGGGGGGGAGCUGCCAAAUUGCAGGCGCCCCCGGGACCCCCCUUUCAAAUAAUCUCCCCCUGCCAAAAGCCCCGGUAAGGUGGAAUUGGCAAAAAAAAGCUUUUCCCCCCUUUCCGUUGGGGUCUGCCAAACGCCCCAAAAACCCCAACCCCAACACCCCACCAAAAGGGACCCCAAAUGGGGCCCCGGGCAAAAAGGACUCCCCCCAUUCGGGUGGUAACCCGUUCCAAAGCACUGCCCCCACCAAUCCCCCCCUAUUAAAAAACAAACCACCCCCUGCCCAUGCAAGCCCCGGAAAAAAUUUCUUUCCCACAAAUGAUUGGAAGAUGAAGGGUUUUCUUUAAACCCUUUAUGGCAUGACGAGGUACCCCAUGGACCCGAGGGGGUUUAAGGGAAGGGCUGUCCCCCAACUCAUCUCCCCCCUAAUGCGCCCCGGGUUUUGACGCGCCCCCCAAUUUUUAAAACCCCCCCCCCCCCAAAAAAAAAAAAAAAGGGGGGGUUUUUUUAUGGUGAUCUGAUUUAGGCCCCCGGAAAAAAGGGGGGAAAAAAAAACCUUUUUUAAAAAAAAAAAAAAAGGGGGGGGGGGGUUUAAAACCCCCCAAAAUUUAAAAAUGGGGUUCCCCCCAAAAGGGGGGUUUUUUUUCCCCCCCCCAAAAAAAAAACCCCCGGGUUAAGGGGUUUCCCCCCCCCCCGGGGGGGGUUUUUCAAAAAAGGGGCCCCCCCCCCUUUUUCCCCCCCCCCCCCCGGGGCCCCCCCCCCCCCUUUUUUAACCCCGGGGGGCCCCCCAAAAAUUUGGGGGGGGAAAACCCGGGGGGGCCCCCCCCCCAAAAAAAUUUCCCCCAAAAAAACCUUACCCCCCCAAAAAAACCCCCCCCCCAAAAAACCCGGGGGCCCCCCCCCCCCCCCGGGGGGGGGGUUAAAAAAGGGGGGCCCCCCCCCCCGGGGAAAAAAAAAAUUUAAAAAAAAUUUUUUCCCCCCUGGUUUUUCCGGGGGAGGGGGGAAAAAAAAAAAAAAAAAACCCCCCCCCUUAAAAGGGGGGGGGGGGGGUUUUUCCCCCAAAAAAUUUUUGGCCCCCCCCCCAAAACCCCCCCCCCAAAAAAAAGGGGGGCCCAAUUUGGGGGGGCCCCCCCGGGGGGGGGGAAAAAAAACCCCCCCCGGGGGGAAAAAGGGGGGGGGGGUUUGGGGCCCCCAAAAAUUCCCCCGGGGGGGGAAAAACCCGGGCCCCCCAAAAAAAGGGGGGGUUUUUUUCCCCCCCCCCCGGGCCCCCAGGGGCCCUUUGGGGGAAACCCCCCCCCCCCCCAAAGGGGGGGAAAAAAGGGGGGGGGGGGGGGGGCCCCCCCCGGGGGGGGGGGGGCCCCCCCCCCCCCGGGGGGGAAAAAAAGGGGGGGGGAAUCCCCCGGGGGCCCCCCCCCCAACCCCCCCGGCGGGCCCCUUUUCCCGGGGAAAAAGGGGGUUUGGGGGGCCCCCCCAACCCGGGGAAGGUUUAAAAGGGGGGGGGCCCAAAAGGGGGGGAAAAAGGGGCCCCCCCCAAAACCCCCCAAAAAAACCCCCCCCCCGGGGGGGGGGGGGGGGUGGGUUUUAAGGGGGGGCCCCCCCCCUUCCCCCAAAAAACCAAACCCCCUUUUUGGGGGGGGGGGGCCCGGCCCGGGGGGGGGAAAAUCCCCGGGUAAUUUGGGCCCCCCCCCAUUUUUGGGGUUUUUUUUUCCCGGGGGGGCAGGAAAGGGGGCGGCCCCCCCCAAAAGGGGCCCCCUUUUUUAAAAACCAAAAGGGGGAAAAAACCCCAAAAAAAAAAACCCCCCCCCCGGGGGGGGCCCAAAUCCCCCCCCCCAAAAAAAAAAAAAAAAGGGGGAAAAGGGGGGGGGGGGGGGGAAACCCCCCCAAAAAAUCAAGGGGGUUUUUUUUGGGGGGGGGGGCCGGGCCCGGGGGGAAAACCCAAAACCCCCCCCCGGCCCCCCCCCUAAACCCUUUUUUUCCCAGAAAAUUUUUUAAAACGGUUUUGGGGAAAAAAAAAAAAAAAAAACCAAAAAUUUGGGGGAAAAAAAAACCCCGGGGGAAAAACCCCCCCAAGGGCCCCCCCCCCCCCCCCCUUUUUUUUUCCCGGGGUUUUUUUAAAAAAAAAAAAAAAAAAAUUUUUUUUUUUUGGGGAAAAAUUUAAAAAAAGGGGCCCCUUGGGGUUUUUUUGGGGGGGGGGGGUUUAAAAAGGGGGGGGGGCCCCUUUUGGGGGGGGGGUUUUUUUUUAAAAAAAACCCCCUUUUUUUUUUUGGCCCCCAAAAAAAGGAAAGGUUUGGGGGCCCCAAAACCCGGGGGGGGGGGAAAAAAAACCCCCCCCUUUUUUUUAAAAAAAAAAGGGGGGAAAAACCAAAAAAAAAGGAAAACCCCCGGCCAAAAGGGUUUUCCCCAAAAUUUUUGGGGGGGUUUUUUCCCCCCGGGGGGGGGAAAAAAAACCCCCCCCCCCCCCCCCCCAACCCCCAAAAAAAAAACCCCCCCCCUUUUUAAGGGGGGGGAAAAUUUCGGGGGGGGUUUUGGGUGGGUUUUUUAAAAAAAAAGGGGGAAAGGGAAAAGGGGGGGGGGAAAUUUCCUUAAGGGAAAAAUUUUGGGGGGCCCCGGGGGGAGAAAAAAAACCCCCCCCAAAAUUCUUUUUUUUGGGGGGGGGGAGGUUUAAUUGGGGGGGGGGGCCCAGGGGAUAAGGUACCGGGAAAACCCCGGGGGGAAAGGGGGCCCUUUUUUUUAAAGGGGGGGGGUUAAGGGGGAAUUUAAAAAAUUUUAAAAAAAAAGGGGGCCCCCAAAAAACCCCCCCCUUUUUCCCCAAAAGGGGGGGGCCUAAAGGGGCCCCGGGGCCCCCCCCCGGGGUUUUUUCCCCCCGGGGGGGGGGGGGUUUUUUUUGGGGAUUUUUUGGGGGGGGGGGUUUCCCCCCGGGGGGUCCCCAAAAAAAAAAGGGGGGGGGGGGGGGAAAAAAACAAAAACCCCCCCCCGGGGGUUUAAAAAUUUGGGGGGCCCCUUUUUUCCCCGGGGGGAAAGGAUUUUUGGGAAAAAUUUUUUGGGGGCCCCCGGGGGUUUUUUGGGGGUUUGGGGGUUUUUGGGGGGGGGUUUUUUUUUUCCCCCCUUUUUUUGGGGGGGGGGUUAAAGGGGUUUUUUCCCCCCCGGGGGGGGGGUUUUGGGGGGGGGGGCCCCCCCCCCUUUUUUUUUUUUUCCCCCCCAAAAAAAACCCCCCUUUUCUUUUUCCCCCCCUUUUUUUUUUGGGGGGGGGGGCAAAGGGGGGGAAUUUUGGGGUUUUUGGGCCCCCCAUCCCCUUUGAUGAAUUGCUGAUCUGUCGUCUCAGCUAUCUGGUAAGAAAUAUGUUUGAUCUGUCGUCAGCUAUAAUGCCUGGUAGAAAUAUGUUUGAUCUGUAAUCAACUAUAAAGCCUGGGAGAUCUAGAGAGUUAGACUAAUGCAUGCCAGUAGCUUUGAGUGCCUCAUUGGCCGUCUACUGCAUACAGCACACUCACUCACACUAUUGGCCUGUACAUGGUAGCUACAUUAUGUACUGUUUCUUAUUGAGUGUGCGUGGGCCAUUAGUUGACCUGGUUGCAAUUGUAAGCAAAAUGCAGGAAAUACUAUGACAGUAUCUUAUCAUGAUCAGGAUAACCCAAACAAACUCUUUCCUCAAUAAUGGUAGACCCUGAAGAAGGCACAGUGAUGCCGAAACGUUGGUGGUUUUUUACCCAAUAAAUUACUGGGAGGUUAUUCAUAUGGAGUGUGCGACUCUCUUUAUUUUGAUAGCUUACAGUUGAUUCACCGUUAGUCAGCACCUCCACACAAAAUAAUUUUCUCUGGGUGUGCGGCAGCUCAGGCUUUUUAUUAGGUUCAUAUUAGAACACUUCAUUUCAGAAGGUGUAUGUAUGCAUGGUCAGUAGCAGUGUAGCACAUGCUUUAGUUUACACCCAGUGGAAGUUAUGUUAGUCUGUGAUUGUGAAUGGGUUUUCUUGGCAAAGAUGACACAGUUGUAGAAUCCCUUGAGGCCAUGAGGUGUCUGUGUGAGUCUGGAAAAAGAGAGAUGAGUGUGUGGAACAACCCCCUCACUGUGUUAGACUGUUAGCUCUCUCUAUGUCAGUUGUCUAUGUCUGGUGUCUACCUACCGUACUGCAUACAUGGUUUGUUCUGCGUAGAGUUGAACUGUGUGUGGCCCAGCUGAUACUAAUCAAUGUCCUUCUUCCUCUUCUCUCCUUUUACUCUACAACUGCUUAUUCCUCUUCUUCUUCUUUCAUUUUACAUUGACAUUUGAGUCAUUUAGCAGACGCUCUUAUCCAGAGCGACUUACAGUUAGUGAGUGCAUACGUCUUUCCUGUCUUCUAGUUCUUGGCUUCUCUUCUCUUUCAUCUCUCCUGCCUUCUUUAGUGCUUCCCUAGUCUCUUCUUAAUGUGCUGAAAUACUGUAGGUAGUAGAUGUCUAUUGUCUAUUGUUCCGUCUUCUUCUCUGGUGACUCGCUGCUCCCUCUGCUGUCUGAAUGUAUGUACUGCAUGCAUUUUAAACACCAAGGGGUGACACUGGCUGACCUAAUGGAGAAGAAGAAAGGGAAGUUUGGCUGGUUCAGCCAGUCAACAGAGUCACAUGGUAAAUUGUGCUGUGUGUGUGUGUGUGUGUGUGUGUUUUGCCCUCCCUCAUUUCCUUGCUUUGCUACUGGCUUGAUGUGUGCUUGUCCAAUUGUUGUGUUCAAUCAUCUUAACUCACUCUUCAUUUCACUCAAUCAGCCUCUUCGUUAGAUCUGUGUCCUCAUUUUGUCCUGAAUCUUUGAUAAAGUAUUACAAGCAGUGAGUGGGUGGGUUUGUGGAUUAAUCAUCAGAAGUACAUGAGACACAACCAGCAGGUUUUAGGCUUCUAGAGGUUACGAGAGGUCAUAUGCAUGUUGUAGCGUAGAAUUCUCCAGAAAUGGACCAAAGGUGAAUAAGGUAUAUAUUGUCUGCAGAAUAUAUUGACAUGUUGACUAUGGAAAGGGUAUCCAUAUUUAUAAUGAAUGAACAGAGAUAGAUUGCCUUAUAGACAUCCAUAGUGUGGUAAUUUCGAGUCAUUCAUUGUCAUAAUUAUUUAUUUUGUAAAUUUUUAUAAGACUUGUUUUCUUCCAUUUCUGUGCAUUGUGGUUUGGAUUUUUCCCUUUAGAUAUUUUGUGGAGUAUUUUUGACCCUGUACUUGAGCAUAUGGUUUGUACAGCAUCUGCACAGAUCCACUAGUAUAAUGUUUCAAGCCCCUUUAGAAACCACACUAUUGUUAUUCCAUUCACAUAGUAAACAACAUGGAUGAUCUGUGCAGGUGCUGCAUUGUCUACUUCUGAAUCAGCCCUCUGUAUUCUGACAGUCAAUGAUGGUCCUCAAAGAGCCCUGUACUAAAUCAUGAGGAUAUGAAAUCAUGACAUGGUUACUAGAUUUAAACCAUAGAACCGAAAACACUCACCCAUAAGGGUUCUUUAGGUCUGAAACUCAGAGCCAUCGUUCGAUUGGAUCUCACCUUACUUCCUGUGUUUGUGUGAUGUCACAGCAAGCAUGCCCGCCAGCGAGACAGAGUCUGUGAACACUGACAACCCCAACAGAGAGGACGAUAAGACUAACUGCUGUGGACCACUCUGGUGAGUCUGUCUGUCUGUGUCUGUGUCUAUGUCUGUGUCUGUCUGUCUGUCAAGGUUCAAGAUUCCUUUCUACCUGGAUAGACUAUUGGCUUGAAAAGCUACUGUAAUACGUAUUUCAUGCAAAUGGUUAUUAACAAUAUGAUUCUUAAUUUUCCCAGUCAAAAAAUUACAAAAUCAAAGUACAGGUCAGUUCUCUGUCGGUACUGUGUGUCAUUAAUGUUCUUUGCAUGGUCCUGGCAUUGUGGAGACUCAUCAUCACGUGCUUGUGUUUUUCCCCCACACACACUCUGUUCCUCCUGAUCAGCCACUGCACUCCUGCCCAUGUCCUCUUCAUCAUCACCACAUUCUCAUCAUCAUCAUCAUCAUCAUUAUUAUAUCUGCCUUUUGAUUAGUCUGUGACACAUAGAUUGAGAUCUUCUGUCUAACAAGCAUGAUUUCAUUACAGUUCACAAUUAACCUGUGCAAGAAAUCCUGUGUUGAUCAACCAGCACAUAACACCACUUCCUAGUUCGGGUCAGAUUGUGACAUCAUUUCCUCUCUCUUGCAGUCGACGAUGGCGUCGCUGGAACCGGUUCUGCCGCAGGAAGUGUCGUGCUGCCGUGAAGUCGGUGUCUUUCUAUUGGCUGGUGAUCAUCCUGGUGUUUCUCAACACGCUCACCAUCUCGUCAGAGCACUACAACCAACCUGACUGGCUCACUGAAGUACAGGGUGGGUAGAGGGUCAAAAUUGUAUUUUCCAAUUACAUACCCUCAGCAUAAUGUGCACUUUACAGUGUCCUUCUCAGGAACCCAGUAUACAUCCUAUGAUCUCUAUGAAUCUUGCAAUCUGCAAUGUUAUUGUACUACAGUGUCCUUGAUAAUCAGACAAUACCUAUGACAUACCCAAUAAAAUGUUGUUGUUUUUUACAACCAGAUACUGUAUAUCUGCAGCAUACUGUUUCUGCAACACUUCCUACCAGAUCUCCAUAGCAAUGAUCUUUAUAACUGGAACAUGUUGUACUGUAAUGUCUACAUGCUGAUGUCCUCUGCUCUUUGCUCUCCAGAUGUGGCCAACAAGGUUCUGCUGGCUUUGUUCACGUGUGAGAUGCUGGUGAAGAUGUAUAGUCUGGGCCUGCAGGCCUACUUUGUGUCUCUGUUCAACCGCUUCGACUGCUUCGUGGUGUGUGGCGGCAUCGUGGAGACCAUCCUGGUGGAGCUGGCCAUCAUGUCUCCUCUGGGCAUCUCUGUGUUCCGUUGUGUCCGCCUGCUACGCAUCUUCAAGGUCACACGGUGAGACUGGGAGACUUCAGGAGAGGCUGGACAUAGACUGAUGUGGUAGAGGUGUAUAAUGGGACUAAAUGUUUACCUCUGUGAUACUUUCACGUCAUAUCUUGUUCCUUGCUCACUGGUUUGAUUAGUCAAUAACUGUUGGAAUAUCGAUGUCUAGGGAUGUGUGCAUUCAUCUUAACCCUCUCUCUCUCCCCUCUAGCCACUGGGCAUCUCUCAGUAACCUGGUGGCGUCGCUGCUCAACUCCAUGAAGUCCAUCGCCUCCCUCCUGCUCCUGCUCUUCCUGUUCAUCAUCAUCUUCUCCCUGUUGGGCAUGCAGCUCUUCGGAGGCAGGUUCAACUUCGACGAGACGAUAACCAAGAGGAGCACCUUCGACAACUUCCCCCAGGCACUGCUCACAGUGUUUCAGGUAGGCCGCCUCUACCCGGGGAUUAUUGACCUAUUGACGUUGUGAUGAUGUUGUAAUGACGUUGAGAUGCUGUUGUGGUGACGUUGCAAUAACGUUGUGAUAUGACGUUGUGAUGACUUGUAAUAACAACAUUGUGAUAAUGUCAUGAUGACGUUGUGAUGACAUUGUGUUGACUUGUAACAAUAGCAUUGUAAUAAUGUUGUGAUGCGAUGUGAUGACAUUGUGUUGACUUGUAAUAAUAACAUUUUAAUGAUGUUGUGAUGCGAUGUGAUGAUGUUGUGUUGACUUGUAAUAAUAGCAUUGUAAUAAUGUCGUGAUGGGAUGACGUUGUGAUGACUUGUAAUAAUAACAUUGUAAUAAUGUCGUGAUGGGAUGACGUUGUGACGACAUUGCGUUACUGUGUUGUGUGACUCAGAUCCUGACAGGCGAGGAUUGGAAUGCUGUGAUGUAUGAUGGCAUCAUGGCGUACGGUGGUCCCUUCUCGUCAGGCAUGGUCGUCAGCAUCUACUUCAUCAUCCUCUUCGUCUGCGGAAACUGUAUCCUGUUUCUAAAACAUGGCUUCCACUGCCUGUAGUCAUCUAGAAUUUAGAUCAGUGUUAUCCACUGGUUCGAGAGCCGUGCAGGCGUUUGUUGCGCCCCAGCACUAACACACCUGACUCAGCUAGUCAUGAGUUACUCUUAAUGAGUACUUAGUUUGUUGAAUCAAUUACAUUAGUCCUGAGCUGGAAGAAAAUCCUGCACACAUUGCAGGCCCACAGGACCAGGAGUGAAGAACAGUGCAUUACAUUGAAACGUUAGGUGAAUGUUGUAUCUCUGUUGCCCUUAAGUCCUGUGUGUAAUCAGACAUCCUGCUGAACGUCUUCUUGGCCAUCGCCGUUGACAACCUGGCAGAUGCAGAGAGCCUGAACACAGCCCAGAAGGAGGAAGAGGAGGAGAAGGAGAGGAAGAGGAGUUCCAGGUAAUGCCAAUACUGUCUGGCUGAUAGGAGAUGGUUAUUGUUGUUUUUCCUCCUGACCUGACAUGGAGGUUGUCUUGUGUUUGGGGUCAUUUUCUCCAGAAGUGACACAGACAAGACAGAUGAUCUGAAACCUGAAGGCCAGGAUGGGGAGAUCAAGGUAAUCACAGACUUUUAGUUUCAGUGUUUAGAAAGUCAGAGGAGAACAAGCCAUAACCACACAGAGGCACCAUUAGAUAACAAAUUGUGCUGAUAAUCAUUGGAUAUUUUUCACGUAUACAUUCUUAGCAACUUAGAAUGAUACAGUGAGGUAAAACCAUAUGGCAUUCAUAACAGUACUGAUACAAUGCUCAAUCCGUACCUUCAGGCUCUGAUCAGUCCCUACACCCAAACGAGGGCAUUGCGUUCAUCCACCUCUGGCUGCUGGCUCCCCUACCUCUGCGGAAGCAUAGUUCCCGCUCAGCCCAGUCAAAACUGUUCGCUGCUCUGGCACCCCAAUGGUGGAACAAGCUCCCUCACGACGCCAGGACAGCGGAGUCACUCACCACCUUCCGGAGACAUUUGAAACCCCACCUCUUUAAGGAAUACUUGGGAUAGGAUACAGUAUCCUUCUACACCCCCCCCCCCCCCCCCCCCUUUACUCCAACCCCCCCCCCCCCCCCCAAAAAAAAAAAAAAAAAACAUUGUAAAGUGGUUAUCCCACUGGCUAUAAGGUUAUUUGUAAGUCGCUCUGGAUAAGAGCGUCUGCUAAAUGACGUAAAUGUAAAUGUAAAAAUGUCAUUUGUGUCUGCAUGGGUGUAGGUUCCAUUGGAGGAGGAAGUGGAACAGGAAAAGGAGCCGUAUCCCACUCCAGAUACUCCAGGUAAACUCAUCUGUUCUGAGGUCAGUAUCCUAGCUUUGGUGCUAUAGCUUCCGUGCCCUGACACUGCUUUGUCUCUGAUCCUGGAUCUCCCCAGUUGGUGAUGAUGACGAUGAUGAUGAUGACGAUGAUGAGCUGCCAGAGGUUCCGGUUGGGCCACGCCCUCAGAGGCUGUCAGACCUCGGCAUCAAAGAGAAGACUCCGCCCAUCCCCUGAGGGCAGCGCUUUCUUCAUCUUCAGCAACACUAACCCGUCAGUAGGCCUCAGUACAAACAUAGGAUAUUAUGCACACACACACACUGACUUUUUUGCAUACCGUCCCAACAGAUCCAUAGAUGACGCAAUCUCAAUUGCUCUCCACACUGCCCUCACCAACCUAGAUAAGAGGAAUACCUAUGUGAGAAUGCUGUUCAUUGACUACAGCUCAGCAUUCCAACACCAUUGUCCCCUCCAAGCUUGUCACCAAGCUUAGGACUCUGUGUCUGAACACCUCCCUCUGCAACUGGAUCCUGGUCUUCCUGAUGGGCCGACCCCAGGUAGUGAGGGUAGGCAACAUCACCUCCACCACGCUGACCCUCAACACAGGGGCCCCACAGGGUUUGUGUGCUUAGUCCCCUCCUGUACUCCCUGUUUACCCACGACUGUGUGGCUACGCAUGACUCCAACACCAUCAUCAAGUUUGCUGACGAUACGACGGUGCUAGGCCUGAUCACAGGCGAUGAUGAGUCAGCCUAUAGGGAGGAGGUCAGUGACCUGGCAGUGUGGUGCCAGAGAAACAACCUCUCCGUCAACGUCAGUAAGGAGUUGAUCGUGGACCACAGGAAACAGGGGCGUGUGCACGCCCCCAAACACAUGCGCACAGUUGUGAAGAAGGCGCAACAGUGCCUUCUCCCUCAGGAGGUUGAAAAAAUCCUCAAAAAGUUCUACAGCUGUACCAUUGAAUGCAUUUUGACUGGUUGCAUCACUGCCUGGAAUGGCAAUAGCACCGCCCUCGAUCGCAUGGUGCUACAGAGGGUGGUGUGGACAGUACAUCACUUGGGACGAGCUCCCUGCCAUCCAGGACAUCUAUAUCAGGCGGUGUGGAAGGAAGGCCCGGUAAAUUGUUAAAGACUCCAACCACCCAAGCCAUAGACUAUUCUCUCUGCUUCCGCACGGCAAGCGGUAAUGGUGCAUCAAGUCUGGCACCAACAGGCUCUUGAACAGCUUCUAUCCCCAAUCAAUAAGACUGAUAAAUAGCUAACAAAAUAGCUACACAGACUAUCUGAGUUAACCUUGUAUCUUUAUUGACCUAGGUUUAUCUCUAAGCACACUCACAGGGCAAUACACACACACACUCGCUCAAUCACACAUAAUAUGUACAUACAUUUAUACGGACUCUACACACCCGCACACCCACUCACAUACAAGCUGCUGCUACUCUGUUUAUCUUAUAUCCUGUUGCCUAGUCACCUUACCCCUAUACAUACAUUUAAGUAUUAAUCCCCCUAGGCUUUUUUUCUAUUUUGUUGCAUUACAACCUGUAAUUUAAAUUUAGAUAAUGUAAUGGACAUACACAAAAUAGUCAAAAUUGGUGAAGUGAAAUGAAAAAAAUAACUUGUUUCAAAAAAUUCUAAAAAAUAAAUGACGGAAAAGUGGUGCGUGCAUAUGUAUUCACCCCCUUUGCUAUGAAGCCCCUAAAUAAGAUCUGGUGCAACCAAUUACCUUCAGAAGUCACAUAAUUAGUUAAAUAAAGUCCACCUGUGUGCAAAGUGUCACAUGAUCUCAGUAAAUAUACACCUGUUCUGAAAGGCCCCAGAGUCUGCAACACCACUAAGCAAGGGGCACCACCAAGUAAGCGGCACCAUGAAGAAUUUGAACAUCCCACGGAGCACCAUUAAAUCCAUUAUAAAAAAAUUGAAAGAUAUGGCACCACAACAAACCUGCCAAGAGAGGGCCGCCCACCAAAACUCACGGACCAGGCAAGGAGGGCAUUAAUCAGAGAGGCAACAAAGAGACCAAAGAUAACCCUGAAGGAGCUGCAAAGCUCCACAGCGGAGAUUGGAGUAUCUGUCCAUAGGACCACUUUAAGCCGUACACUCCACAGAGCUGGGCUUUACGGAAGAGUGGCCAGAAAAAAGCCAUUGCUUAAUGAAAAAAACAAGCAAACACGUUUGGUGUUCGUCAAAAGGCAUGUGGGAGACUCCCCAAACAUAUGGAAGAAGGUACUCUGGUCAGAUGAGACUAAAAUGUAGCUUUAUGGCCAUCAAGGAAAACGCAAUGUCUGGCGCAAACCCAACACCUCUCAUCACCCGAAGAACACCAUUCCCACAGUGAAGCAUGGUGGUGGCAGCAUCAUGCUGUGGGGAUGUUUUUCAUCGGCAGGGACUGGGAAACUGGUCAGAAUUGAAGGAAUGAUGGAUGGCACUAAAUACAGAGAAAUUCUUGAGGUAAACCUGUUUCAGUCUUCCAGCGAUUUGAGACUGGGACGGAGGUUCACCUUCCAGCAGGACAAUGACCCUAAGCAUACUGCUAAAGCAACACUUGAGUGGUUUAAGGGGAAACAGUUAAAUGUCUUGGAAUGGCCUAGUCAAAGCCCAGACCUCAAUCCAAUUGUGAAUCUGUGGUUUGACUUAAAGAUUGCUGUACACCAGCGGAACCCAUCCAACUUUAAGGAGCUGGAGCAGUUUUGCCUUGAAGAAUGGACAAAAGUCCCAGUGGUUAGAUGUGCCAAGCUUAUAGAGACAUACCCCAAGAGACUUGCAGCUGGAAUUCCUGCAAAAGGUGGCUCUACUCUACAAAGUAUUGACUUUGGGGGGGGGGGGGGGGGGGGGGUGAAUAGUUAUGCACGCUCAAGUUUUCAGUUUUUUUAGGUCUUAUUUCUUGUUUGUUUCACAAUAAAAAACAUUUUGCAUCUUCAAAGUGGUAGGCAUGUUGUGUAAGUCAAAUUAUACAAACCCCCCAAAAAAUCUAUUUUAAUUCCAGGUUAUAAGGCAACAAAAUAGGAAAAAUGCAGAGGGGGGUGAAUACUUUCGCAAGCCACUGUAUCUACCUCCAUCACUCCAGUAUCCCUGCACAUUUGUAAAUAUGGUAUUGGAACUGACCCUGUAUAUAGUAUGCUUACUUACUUACUUACUUGUUGUGUUCUUCAUAUUUCUUCUUAUUUCUCGUGUGUUUUUUUAAAUAGUAUUACAUUGUUAUUGAUUAUUGCAUUGUUGGGUUUUGAGUUUGCAAGAAAGGCAUUUCACUGUACUUGUGCAUGUGACAUUAAAACUUGAAACACACACACACACACUCACUCACUCACAAAUAAUGUGUAAUUUCAUGGCUUUCUUUCUCAGGGUCCGGGUGGCCUGCCACAAGCUGACCAACCACCACAUCUUCACCAACCUCAUCCUGGUCUUCAUCAUGCUGAGCUCUGUGUCUCUGGCUGCUGAGGACCCCAUACGCAACUUCUCCGCACGCAACAUCGUAUGUAUACUGCAGCAGCAGCCUUUUCUCUGACAUUCAAAAUAACAAUUAAAGCUGCAAUAUGUCACUUUUUGGGUGACCCGACCAAAUUCACAUAUAAAUAUGAGUUAUAGAUCUGUGAUUCUCAUUGAAAGCAAGUCUAAGAAGCGGUAGAUCUGUUCUAUGUGCGCUAUUUCUCUGCUUCUCGUUCUUAAGUUCAGUUUUUGCGUCGAUUACUUCCGGUUUUGUACACCAGCUUCUAACAGCUGAAAAUACUAUAUUUAUGGUUAUUGAAAAUAUAUUUCACAGCGGUUUAGAUGGUACAAUGAUUCUCUACAUUAUACAGUUGAAGUCGGAAGUUUACAUUCACCUUAGCCAAAUACAUUUAAAUUCAGUUUUUCACAAUUCCUGACAUUUAAUCCUAGUAAUAAUUCUCUGUUUUAGGUCAGUUAGGAUUACCACUUUAUUUGAAGAAUGUGAAAUGUCAGAAUAAUAGUAGAGAGAAUGAUUUAUUUCAGCUUUUAUUUCUUUCAUCACAUUCCCAGUGGGUCAGAAGUUUACAUACACUCAAUUAGUAUUUGGUAGCAUUGCCUUUAAAUUGUUUAACUUGGGUCAAACAUUUUGGGUAGCCUUCCACAAGCUUCCCACAAUAAAUUGGGUGAAUUUUGGCCCAUUCCUCCUGACAGAGCUGGUGUAACUGAGUCAGGUUUGUAGGCCUCCUUGCUCGCACACGCUUUUUCAGUUCUGCCCACAAAUGUUCUAUAGGAUUGAGGUCAGGGCUUUGUGGUGACCACUCCAAUACCUUGACUUUGUUGUCCUUAAGCCAUUUUGCCACAACUUUGGAAGUAUGCUUGGGGUCAUUGUCCAUUUGGAAGACCCAUUUGCGACCAAGCUUUAACUUCCUGACUGAUGUCUUGAGAUGUUGCUUCAAUAUAUCCACAUCAUUUUCCUUCCUCAUGAUGCCAUCUAUUUUGUGACGUGCACCAGUCCCUCCUGCAGCAAAGCACCCCCACAGCAUGAUGCUGCCACCCCCGUGCUUCACGGUUGGGAUGGUGUUCUUCGGCUUGCAAGAACCCCCUUUUUCCUCCAAACAUAACGAUGGUCAUUAUGGCCAAACAGUUCUAUUUUUGUUUCAUCAGACCAGAGGACAUUUCUCCAAAAAGUACGCUCUUUGUCCCCAUGUGCAGUUGCAAACCGUAGUCUUGCUUUUUUAUGGCGGUUUUGGAGCAGUGGCUUCUUCCUUGCUGAGCGGCCUUUCAGGUUAUGUCGAUAUAGGAAUUCGUUUUUACUGUGGAUACAGAUACGUUUGUACCUGUUUUCUCCAGCAUCUUCACAAGGUCCUUUGCUGUUGUUGUGGGAUUGAUUUGCACUUUUCGCACCAAAGUACGUUCAUCUCUAGGAGACAGAACGCGUCUCCUUCCUGAGCGGUAUGAUGGCUGCGUGGUCCCAUGGUGUUUAUACUUGCGUACUAUUGUUUGUACAGAUGAACGUGGUACCUUCAGACAUUUGGAAAUUGCUCCCAAUGAUGAACAAGACUUGUGGAGGUCUACAAAUCUUGGCUGAAUUCUUUUGAUUUUCCCAUGAUGUCAAGCAAAGAGGCACUGAGUUUGAAGGUAGGCCUUGAAAUACAUCCACAGGUACACCUCCAAUUGACUCAAAUGAUGUCAAUUAGCCUAUCAGAAGCCACUAAAGCCAUGACAUCAUUUUCUGGAAUUUUCCAAGCUGUUUAAAGGCACAGUCAACUUAGUGUAUGUAAACUUCUGACCCACUGGAAUUGUGAAACAGUGAAUUAUAAAAUGAAAUAAUCUGUCUGUAAACAAUUGUUGGAAAAAUUACUUGUGUCAUGCACAAAGUAGAUGUCCUAACCGACUUGUCAAAACUAUAGUUUGUUAACAAGACAUUUGUGGAGUGGUUGAAAAACGAGUAUAUUCAACUGUAUAUUGCUUGUUUUGUCACAAACUGAAAUUAGGUGAACUAUUAACUUUUUUGCAACAAAUUUCUGCAUAUUGCACCUUUAAUAGCAUCAAGAUUACUUUCAUGAAAGUAAUUUGACUGUAAUUUUACAGUAAUGACAUUAAGAUCAUGUUUAACAGUGAAAUGGAAUAUCCAUGUUAAAAAGAAAAUGUUAACUAAAAACUAAAACCUAUACUCAAUAGCAGUGGUUAUAGAUAUUUUGUUAUCAAUUUAGGAUGGUUGAUGCAUUCUGAAGUUGUUGAUAUCAUGUCAUGUGGUGAUGCCUUGAACUCCUGUUAAACUUUCACAUUGCCUUUUGCAGAUACUUGGUUAUUUUGACUAUGCUUUCACGGCAAUCUUUACUGUUGAGAUCCUGUUGAAGGUAAAUGCUUUCCCCUGUGUGUGUGUGUGUGCUGUGCUCUACUGCUUGUGUAGUAACAGUCCAACCUUCUUGUUGCUUUCCAGAUCCUAGGCUAUGCAGAUUAUGUCUUCACUAGCAUGUUUACCUUUGAGAUCCUGUUGAAGGUAACCUGGUUUCUAUGACAACCAUAGCCUUGCUGCACUCCCCUGUCUACUGUAUGUCGCCUGUUUGUAAAUGGCGCACAUUUUUUCCUGUUUGUCUCUUAGCAACCAUCACGACACCUCUUUUAACCACAAACGGACCUGAAGCUCAAUAGAUAACACCAGAUGUUAUCCGAUGAGUUGUUGUUCUUUUAAUUUGGAGCCAAAAUAGCGGGCAAUAUGUAUUUUUUUGUGUAGCAUGGAUCACUCUUAUAGCAUAAUCCACUGCCUUCUUAUUGUGUACAGUUUAAACUGCACCCUGUAAAGAUGAGGGUUCAUGGUAGGUCACCUCUUUGUGAAUCUCCACCAUAGAGAUUCUUUCCCUGGUUGGUAGAUCUGUUUCUCCUUUAGCCAACAACUCCUUUGUCAUUAUGAGUUUGGCCUGAACUAAAGAAUAAACAGAUCUGACAUGCUUUCCAGACCCAAUUCCCUUCUGCUGCUCAGCCCCCCACCUGUGUGUUCUCUUUGCUUCAUGUGAGGACUCACGUCCGCAUCCUAUUGGUCAUACGUUUGUUUUGGUAUGAUGUCGUCAUCCUUCCCCCUCGAGUACUUCCACAGAAUGUGCAUGAAACCACGACACACAUGAAUGACUCUGAAGCAAUUUGACUACACUUUUGAAUGCAACCUUAUCCCCCCCCCCAUCUGGUUUGGGGGGUUUUCAUACACUUGUUUACCUCUCCCCUGAUGCAAUGCCCAUGUUUCGUGUUUUAAGCCUGGGCUUGAAGAUGCAAAUGACAGAACCAAUAGAUUACUAGUAUAUUCAUGGAAUGCAGUUUGAGCAAUCUUUGUUCUAAUCUUUACAUGAAAUGAAUAGCAUAUCUCUGAAAUAAUAUGUCCAAUGUCAGAACGAUUCUCAUUUGUCAAUGAGAGAGAGAGAGAGAGAGAGAGAGAGAGAGAGAGAUAUUGAGUUUUAAAUAAUCUUUAUUGGGUCUGGGAGCCCACCACACAAAUACUCAUACAAAACCGUAUUUACACAUCAAUUAAAAACACAACUCCAAUUCCUCCUCCACAGUAACUGAACACAACAGCAUCUGAAUACCCCAUAUACUCAUAAACAGAUCAAUAUUGUUGACCAGUUUAUAAUAGGCAAACUCAAUUCUUAGUCUUGCUGCCAACAUUCCCUCCAGCAUUCCCACCACAUCCACAGACCCCUGUCCCCGAAUACUGUUCUUUCGGGUCUUCCAUAUGGCUAAUUUUGCUGCCCCUAACACAAAAUUAAGCAACACAACUACAGCUUUCUGACUAAACCUGUACUUUGGCCCAAAUAUAUACAGUUGGGAAGAGAAAACCUCUCCCAGAGCUGAGAACCAAUUAGUGAUCAGGUCAAUCAUCCCGACCAACCUGGGACACUGUAAAAACAGAUGUGCCAGUGUUUCAGACUGAGCACAGAAUGGACACCCCUCCCCAACAGUAGGAUCCAGGUGUACCAGAUACAUGUUGGUGGCUAUGGCUCCAUGUAUUAUCCUCCAUUGGAGGUCAGCUGUCCUCUUAUCAAUAGGCAGUUUGUAUAGUGUUCGCCAACAGCCUUUUGGGGAGGCACCUGGACCAAGCACACCCGCCCACCUCGUCGAUUUUACCCCUUCCAGGGAAGAGGCGUGGGACACCUUUACACAUAUUCUGUACAUGGCCUUCUUUCCCACCUCCUUGAACUCCCCCAGCUCCGGGGUAUCGAAGGAAAGCAGCAUCCCCACGUCCUCCUCGAAUGCCCCCGCCGCAGCACUAACAAUCAGUGCAGGGAACACAUAAUCCAGACCCUCCUUCCACCGAUCAGAAUUGGAAGUGUCAGUCACAUACUGCAGAUGAAGUACUGGCAAGGAAUCACAGACCUCAGCGACGACCUUCCUCAGUAGGCGAGACGAUCGGAUCCCCGCUCUUUCUCCCAGCUCCUCCAACGACCUAUUCCUGUUCCACAUCAGAUGACCCAGCUUAGUACACCCCACGCCUAACAGGCAUGAACGUAGGCUAGCUGAACCCAGAACACGGGACUGGAUGGCAGUGUUGUGAAAAAGAGGCUCUUCAAAAAGCCACAUCCCUGGUGGCGUGCAGGCCUUACGGGACUUGACCAGAACUCUCCAAGCCUGCAUAACAGACUCAUAAAAUGGAGUCAGGCCAGGCAACUCACCCCCCUCCAGCUUUAAGAGGAAAAGGUGCUUGUCUAAGCCCAAACAGCCCGCUCUCCUCAUCAAUGCGUAGGCUGUGUCAACCCAGCUAGAACCGUCACUGUACAACAGUCUCUGGGCUGCUUGAAGCCGGAAAGCCAUGAUCCUGGAAGAAAUGUCCACCAGGCCUUGCCCACCCUCGUGCAGUGGCAGGUACAGGGCUGAAGCUUUAAUCCAAUGUUGUCCAGACCAGAAGAAGUUGACAAGGGUCCUCUGAAGCUCUUGUAUCAGACCCUUUGGUGGCUGUAAAAUCAUUAGUCUGUGCCACAGGGUAGAGGCAGCUAGGUUAUUAGCUACCAGUACCCUUCCCCUAUAAGACAGCUGGGGCAGCACCCAUUUCCAUCUUGACAGUCUGGCACACACUUUCUCCACUACACCCUCCCAGUUCUUUUUCUGAAAGACAUCGGAGCCUAGAAAAACCCCCAAAGUCUUCAUCCCAUCUCUGCCCCACUGAAGCCCCCCUGGUAACCGUGGAGCGGACCCCAUCUGAAGCUGGCCUGCCCACAGCGCUUCACUCUUUCCCCAAUUGACUCUAGCUGAGGAGGCCCCCUCAUACACCUUUAAGGCGUCUGAGAGAACCUUAACAUCCUCACCCCCUGUAAUAAAAACUGUCACGUCAUCUGCAUACGCAGACAGUGCUAUCGUGGGACCCUUCAUUACACCUGGCACAGAGAAACCAGUAAGCUUCGCUCUUAAAAAACAAAGCAUUGGUUCAAUCGCCAGACUGUAUAACUGCCCUGAAAUUGGGCAUCCCUGCCUGAUGCCCCUUUGGACAGGGAUGGGACAACUCAAACCACCCCCCACCUUCACCAUACACGAGGCCCCAGCAUACAGUAACUUCAUCCAAGACAAAAAAACAUCCCCAACCCCAAAGGCUUUCAUUGUUUUAAACGAGUACUGGUGGUCCACACGAUCAAAAGCCUUCUCCUGAUCCAAAGAAAGUAAACCCACAUUUACAUCAGACAGUUUACAAAUGUCCAAAACAUCUCUUAUUAGAAACAAGUUGUCAACAAUAGAGCGAUCAGGUACACAGUAGGACUGGUCCUUGUGGACCAACAAUCCCAGAUACUCUUUCAACCUGUUUGAGAGACAUUUAGAAACAAUUUUAUAUUCUGCACACAGCAAAGCAACAGGUCUCCAAUUUUUUAUGAGAGCCAAAUCCCCCUUUUUUGGCAACAGUGAAAGUACCGCACGUUGACAAGAUACAGGAAGAGAGCCCUCAUGAAAAGAUUCACACACCACUUCAUAAAAAUCCUCCCCAAUAGACCCCCAAAAGUGCUUGUAAAACUCAGAUGGUAAACCAUCAAUGCCAGGGGCUCGGCCUGUUGAGAGCUGCAUAACUGCUGUGGACAGCUCUUGCAGUGUAAUGUCAGAGUCCAAUGCGACUCUUUGCUCAGGUCCCAAUUGAGGAAGACCGUGUAACAACUGUUCAGUACACAGAGAGUCACAAUCCUCCGCCUUAUAGAGGGCAGAAUAGAAAUCCACGGCAUGUUGACGCAUUUCACUGUCAUCCGUGGUCACCUUCCCAUCAGGGAGACGAAGGCAGACCAUCUGUUUACGUUGCAAUGUCGACUGUCCUAGGUUAAAAAAAAAAGCACUAGGAGCAUCCAUAUCCUUGAGGGAAGCGAAACGAGACCUAAUCAAGGCACCCUUCACUCUUUCAUGCAGAAACGACCUCAAUUCAUGUUUCUUGUCCUGUAAGUUCAUGACUAGUCCGGGGUCAUUCUGAGUGAGCAACUUCAAUUCAAUAGAUUUAAUGUUCUGCUCAAGGGCCCUGAUAGUCUCUUUAACUUCAAUUCGAGACAGAGCAGUAUACUGUUGACAAAAUAAUCGUAUUUGGGCCUUCCCAACCUCCCACCAUUGUCUCAAGGACUCAAAAUUCCCUUUUGUAACCCUCCAUUUUUCCCAAAACAACAAAAACCUUUCACAAAACAUGACAUCAUGUAACAAUUUAACAUUAAAAUACCAAUAAGAUGAUGACCUUCGUGGACAGGACAAGUGAAUAUCAACAGUGACAAUAUGGUGAUCAGAGAAACCCACAGGAGUAAUGUCACACCUUCCAACCCUACUACAGUAUUGCUCAGAUACAUACAACCUGUCUAACCUUGCUGCACUGACAUGACCUUCAUUAACUUUUAGCCAUGUGUACUGCCUAACUUUUGCAUUCCUUACUCUCCACACAUCAGAAAGCUCAAACUCAGUUAAUAGACCAGACAGACAAAUUGCUGACCGCAGGUGAGGUUCUUCAGCGGUGCGAUCAACAGUAAAAUCCACUGUACAGUUCCAGUCCCCCCCUAAAACCAUACACCCCUCUUGGUCACACUGUCUUAAGGUUUCCUUUAUUUUAUCAAAACCAACAAUACGCUCUGUACCCUCAUUAGGAGCAUAAACAUUCAAAAAAACAAACAAAAACCCCAUAACAUCCACCUUGACCAAUAAAACCCGACCCUUGACAAUCUCUGUUGUAGAUACCACAGUCACCCCUAAGCCUGAAGAAAACAAGAUUGCCACCCCAGCACUGAAAUUAGUACCAUGACUGAGUAUAUGCUGCCCCUCCCACCACAUACCCCAGUCAGCCGCAUUUUCCUCAUCACUAUGUGUCUCCUGUAGGAAAACUACAUUAAGCCUUUUCUGUUUUAUUACUUCUAAUACCCAAGCCCUCUUAUUCCUGUCCCUUCCUCCAUUAAUGUUGAGAGAACCUACCCUUAGUACCUCCAUAUAGAAAAGAAAAAGGAAAAGCAGAAGAUACCACAGAGAAACCAGACAAAGAGAAUAGAACACCCUAUGAGGCAUAAUCAUCAUCAUUAUUUAAAUUUUCUCUUAACCUGACCACGUUUCCCACCACCCUUUGCUGCUGCAACAGCAGUAACAAAUUUCCUCAAGCGAAACCGCUUCUUCUCACUCAACUGGUCUAACCCCACCGUCUUCUGUAACAUCACAGCUGACCUCACAAACUUAUCAACAUCAAAAUAAUCUGCCAAUUUGACAGAUUUCCCAAAAGUCUGAUCCAGAAACCCUUUUACCUCCUCUAGAUCGUAAAUUGAGUCCUCACCAGCUGAUACCGUAUCAAGAGAGAUAUCCAUAUCCAUAUCCUUCUCCUGAUCCUCCUCAACUGAGGCCACAGACCACUGACUCCCCUCUACCACAUCCCUUUCAACACUCCCCACUUGCACCCCAUCACUCGUACCAGGCAUCUCCUCCACUACCUGGGAGACUAGCCCCACCUGAACCCCAUUACUCGUAGUGGGCAUCUCCUCCACUACCUGGGAGACUAGCCCCACCUGAACCCCAUUACUCCUAGUGGGCAUCUCCCCCACUACCUGGGAGACUAGCCCCACCUGAACCCCAUUACUCGUAGUGGGCAUCUCCUCCACUACCUGGGAGACUAGCCCCCCCUGUAACCCAGCACUCAUAGUGGGCAUCUCCUCCACUACCUGGGAGACUAGCCCCCCCUGUACCCCAGCACUCAUAGUGGGCAUCUCCUCCACUACCUGGGAGAUGAGCUCCACAUGAACCCUCUCCUGUAACCCAUUACUUGUAGUGGGCAUCUCCUCCACUACCUGGGAGAUUAGCUCCACAUGUACCCCCUCCUGUACCACAGCACUCGUACUGGGCACCUCCUCACCAGUCUGAGGAAAUGGCCCUUCAGAUCCAUCCUUACCUUCUACAACAAAAAAAUCCCCCUGCAUAACAUUUCCCUCUGGUACAAGUUGCACCUCUGUGCCCUCAACACGGACAACUUGUUCCUCAGCAACAGAUGCGUGCGGCUGCUCUACCACUGUCAGCCCACCUCUUCCUACAUCAGUGGGCCCAGGCGUUACGAGGACCACCUGCGCCCCUCCCUCUGCCUUCUCCCUUUUCGGGCAAGCAUGUCGCUUAUGACCAACAUCCCCACACUCAAAACACCGUUGACUACCUGUACUAGCAUAAGCCAUAUACAAUCUAUUGUCAUACUUGACUUUAAACGAUAACUCCAAAGUCUGUUCCGGUGAGUCCAAAAACAUAAACACCUGUCGCCGAAACGACAUUACCUGUUUCAACGCCGGGUGUUUGCAACCCAAUGGGACAACCUUAAUUGAACUUGCAAACUUCCCAAAGCGCAAUAACUCGCGCUCCAAUAGCUCAUUUGGAAUGAACGGCGGUACAUUUGAAAUCGUUACCCUUGUUGACGGAGAAAAAAGCGGCGUAACUUGAAUAAACAUUCCUUUAAGAAGUAUGCCAUGCUCAACCAUACGAUCAACAAGGCGCUCUUCUUUAAGAAAUACCACCACCGCUUUAUUCAUCCGUGACGCAUAAGCAACAUUCUCAUAUCCUACCUUCUCUCCUACGGCGACCAAAACCUCUUCCACCGUGACAGUAGCUUCAGUAACACACCUAAAGCCGUGCCGAAGUGACAGGGACGGCGUCCCGAUUCGGGCCGCCAUCCCCACCAAAAUCAGGGUAAUUUCGACACGAAAAACAAUAUACUUAAUUCUGCCGCAACAAAAAAAUAUAAAUAAUAACCUUAAUCAUGCAUAGAAGAAAAAAAGGAUAUCACCAAGAAAAGGAAAACCCAGGAUAUCUAACUCUACACAACACUCGCACUUAGCACUCACUCAAACAAUUCCCAGCACGCACCAAACACUCCCAGGAUGCAGAGAUAGAGAGAGAGAGAGAGAGAGAGAUUCUAUGUCUCUAUUGUCUGAUAUGCAAUUUAAUGUUUUCUUUGUUGUAUCUGAGUUUCUGUAGAAACCAAUUUUUGUGGCAUUGAAUAGUAUGUGUAGGAGUUUGAGUAAGAGUGGAACUAGCUCUGUGUGUAGGUGGACGUGUUUCACUAUACUUGUGUAGACCAGAAGUCCCCACAAGAACUAUAAAAAAAUUUGACUAACUGGAGAAUAGUAAACUAACAAAAAUUUCACCUACUGGGGACAUUUUCUUAGUCCCCACAAGGAAAAAUGCUAUUUCUAGGGUAUUUAGGAUUAAGGCUAGAAUUAGUGUUAGGGUUAGAAUUAGGGGUUAACGGGUAGGUUUAGGGUUAUGGUUAGGUUUUUGGGGUUAGGGUAAGGGUCAGGGUUGGGUUUAGGUUUAGGGGUUAGGGAAAAUAUGAUUUUUAAUGGGAAUCAAUUGUGUGUCCCCCACAAGGUUAGAUAAACAAGACUGUGUGUGUUUGUCUGCCCACGUCUAUGUCAUCUACAUUUAUAGCUAAAGCUAUUGUGUCUAGUAAGAGACAGCCCAAUGUAUAAGGUCAGUAUAUCUGAUGCCAGUUUCUCUGUGUUCUCCAGAUGACAGCGUUUGGGGCUUUCCUCCAUAAAGGAGCCUUCUGCAGGAACUACUUCAACCUGCUGGACCUACUGGUGGUGGGAGUCUCUCUGGUGUCCUUCGGCAUUCAGUACGUAAUCAAUCAAUCCAUACAUUCAUCAAUCAAGCAACCAACCAAUGUGGCCAUAACUGUCUGUGUUUGGUGUUCAGGUCAUCUGCCAUCUCGGUGGUGAAGAUCCUGCGUGUGUUGAGGGUGCUGCGGCCCCUUAGGGCCAUCAACAGAGCCAAGGGCCUCAAGGUGAGACAGGGGUCCCGUGGGCCACAGUGGAACAACUGUUUAACAACGCACCCAGAGAAAACCUAUUCUAACUAGUACACUUCCACAAGGGAACCAACUGCUGAAAUCCCCUGUAAAUCAUCAUGCUAAGGGUACAGGGUUCAAUAAGGUCAUUCGUCCCUGACCUUUUCUCUCUCGUCUCCUCUGCUUUUGACCCCUGACCCUACAGCAUGUGGUCCAGUGUGUAUUUGUGGCCAUCAGGACCAUUGGUAACAUUAUGAUCGUCACCACGCUGCUACAGUUCAUGUUCGCCUGCAUAGGAGUGCAGCUCUUCAAGGUACCUACCUCCAUUACAGUGUGACAGAAUGUCAAUGAUAACACGGUGGACACACUGAGUGUUGUGUGUGCAGUAGUGUGGGAUAGAAUAGCAGCUGUUAAUGUUCUGUUCUCUCGCUCAGGGCAAGUUCUAUCGAUGCACAGACGACGCCAAGUCCAGCCCAGAGGAAUGCAAGUAAGUUGGAUUUGCUCUCCAUUUUUCUCCCUGUACUAUGCUGAAGACAAUUGUAAGCUUAUCAUUGUGUGUGUGUGUAUGUUUGUCUGUUAAUGUGUCAUACAGAUACGUAAAUCUGUAUGUAGAACUAUAACUUCUUCUCUCCUCGUGUAGAGGCACAUACAUCCUGUAUAAGGAUGGAGACACAGUGUUGCCUGCAGUCAGGGAGAGGAUCUGGUACAACAGCGACUUCAACUUUGACAACGUCCUCAUGGCCAUGAUGGCUCUGUUCACCGUCUCUACGUUUGAAGGCUGGCCCGCGUAAGAGCCUCUCACAGACGCACGCACACAGCAAACGCAUACGUGAACAUACACACUCCCACGUAUGCGUAUCCAGACACGCAUACAUUUUCACGAAGCGUCUCACUGAUUAGGGUGUUUGUUUGUUUCUGUGGCUCAGUCUGCUGUACAAGGCCAUCGACUCCAACAGAGAGAAUAUGGGUCCCAUCUACAACUACCGCGUGGAGAUCUCCAUCUUCUUCAUCAUCUACAUCAUCAUCAUCGCCUUCUUCAUGAUGAACAUCUUCGUCGGUUUCGUCAUCGUCACCUUUCAGGAGCAGGGAGAGAAAGAGUACAAGAACUGUGAGCUGGACAAAAACCAGGUAAGAGCCUAGUGUGUGUGUGUGUGUGUGUGUGUGUGUGUGUGUGUGUGUGUGUGUGUGUUUGAUUAACUCUGUGUUCUCUCUACCCUCUCCAGCGUCAGUGUGUAGAGUACGCUCUGAAGGCUCGCCCGCUGCGGAGGUACAUCCCUAAGAACCCCUACCAGUAUAAGUUCUGGUAUGUGGUCAACUCCACUGGCUUUGAGUACGUCAUGUUCGUGCUCAUCAUCCUCAACACACUGUGUUUGGCGAUCCAGGUGAGUCCCUACUGCUAUGCCUCUAUUGCCCUCUAUAGCCCUCUAUAGCCCUCUCUCUGUCUCUCUGUGUGUCUCUCUGUCUGGGUCUAUUUAUCUGUCCCUCUAUGUCUCUCUGUCUCUCUCUGUGUUCUGUGACAUUUUGUCAGACUCGUUAACUCUAUAUUUAUCUUUCUGUCUAUAUCUCAUCAUGCUUCUUUCUGUUCUCCAAUGCCACCUUCUCUCUCUUUCUCCAACCCUCUCUCGCUCCCUCGCUCUCCAUUUCCUCAGCACUAUGGCCAGUCCCACCUGUUCAACUACGCCAUGGACAUCCUCAACAUGGUCUUCACUGGCGUCUUCACUGUGGAGAUGAUCCUCAAACUCAUCGCCUUCAAACCCAGGGUGAGUCAGUCAGUCGGCCUGCCUCGUAGCUUGCAUCAUAGACCAGUUAUCUGACCUCUCUCCCUCCUCUCAUCCCUCUCUCCCACUGUCAAGUAUUUCCCUCUGUAAUAUUGACCUUAACACUCCCCGCUCACCCUUUCCCUCUCUACUUCUUACCCUCCACUGACCAUCCUACCCCUCUCCCUACCUUCCCCUGCGGUGCGCUCUGUACCGUGGCCUGUAGGGGUAUUUUGGGGACGCCUGGAACGUCUUCGAUGCCCUGGUGGUGAUCGGCAGCGUAGUAGACAUCAUUCUCAGUCAGGUAGAUGUGAGUAUUGUAAUAGACCUGCCCUUCCUUCCUCCCUCCCUCCCUUCCUCCCUUCCUCCCUUCCUUCCUUCCUUCCUUCCAUCAUUCCUUCAUUCCUUCAUCUUUUUCUAGACUCACUCGAUCCAUUUUCUGGUCCUAAAGCCAGUCUGUUGGCUCCUUGGCCCAGUGUCAAGGCUGGUCACCCAUAGGUCUAGAUCAGGGUUCCUCAACUGGCGGCACGGCCCUCAGAUGGCUUUAUUUGGCCCCCCAUGUUUUCUGAACAAAGAAAACAGACGUUGUUUUUUUUGUUGGACAUUAAAAAAUGUAAAAACACCAGGAAAUCAGCUCCAAGUUAUUUUUAUUUGGGGAAUCUGUCUCUAAGUAUUUCCCCGCAUAAUAGAGGAACACGUGAUCAUAUACAAAUGUAAGCAAGGUUUGAAAUUAUGAUGUUUUAGUGAAAGAUUAUAUCUGUUUGUGAUUCUAGCGGUCAAUUUGCAGUCUACAAAUUAUUUGUAAUUAUGUUCCGGCCCCCCGACCAUCCGCUCAAGAAAAAAUCGGUCCGUGACGGAAUUUAGUAGAUGAUCCCUUGUCUGGACUGGUGUUGGGUCUAGGUCUAUGGUGGCCAGUUACUCAGCACUGUGUAGGCACUGUAUCAGUGAGAAACGUAUAACACCUUAUAGAGGGUUGUAGGGUUCAUAACAGAUCAUAGUCAGAAGAACUUCAUUCACUGUUUCAUAAGUAUAAGUUGGGCUCCUUAGAGGCUUGCAUCACAGGAGGCUGCUGAGGGGAGGACGGCUCAUAACAAUGGCUGGAAUGGAGUUUAUGGAAUGGUAUCAAACACAUGGAAACUAUAUGUUUGAUGAGUUCGAUAGCAUUCCAUUGAUUCCCUUCCAGCCAUUACUAUGAGCCCGUCCUCCCCAAUUAAGGUGUCACCGGCCGCCUGUGGCAUGCAUACGUCUUGUAUUCUCACAGACAGUGCCACUCAGACGCUUUUUCUACUUCUUGUUGUAUUCUUUCAUGUCUUAACUCAUGUCUAUUUUCACAUCUCUCUAUCCUUCUCUUUCUCUCUUUCUGCCUCUGUUCUCUCUCUGUUCUCUCCCCGUCUCUCCCCUUCUCUUUGUGCCCGUGGGCUGGCGCUUACAGCACUAUUUCUCUGAUGCAUGGAACACGUUUGAUGCCUUAAUUGUUGUUGGUAGCGUCGUUGACAUUGCAAUCACAGAGCUCAAUGUAAGUAGCCAUCUUCAUGUCACGUGUCCUGUAGCAUUAUUGGAGGGAAUGCCUUGCAAUAACAUCAGGGUUACAUUCAAGAUCCCCAAAUGGUUUCAUGUCCCAGACAUGUUCAUUAACUGUGGUAGAUAGCUCUUUGGAAAGUUGUUGCUCUAUCUAGCUGUUUAGAAGCAUUGGCAAUCAUGAAUGCAACCCUAUGAGCCUUGGAGAUCAACAUUUGGCAUGUGAUAUCUAUAAAUGUGAUGACAACUGAGUCAGAUCUUUACCAGAUUUGUAAGAUUUUAUAAUGAUAGGACAGUUUUGAAACACUCUAAGGCAGUGGUAUUCAAAGUCGGGGUCGCGGGGGAAUUGCAGUGGGGCCAAAAAAGUACAGAUUAUUGUACGGGACAAUAUACAAAAGUUGAGUUUUUUUUAUGUAAAAAUCUAAAUGUAGUGAUUUUAAGGUUGUGUCAUUAGAUUUGGGGUGUGGUGGGGUCGCCAGAAAUUCAAGUGAACGAAAUUAGGUCCCCGCUGAAAAAGUUUGAAUACCACUGCUCUAAGGGUUAUUGCGAUGACUCCCUCCAAUAUGUUGUCUAGAUUAGGGAUCCAUGCUUGGUGCUGUUCUGUGACUGUGUGUCAUCAUGAAGUUUGUGUGGCUCUGUCUUUUCUUCUGUUUGGAAUACAAAUCUAAACACACAUAUGGCCUUGCACACAUACACAAAAACAGAGUGUCUUACUACAUGGUAAGUGAGUUAAGUGAAACAAUAUAUUUAUAUUAGUCAGGUUAGUCAUAUUGUAACAUACUGUCAUAAAUGUGUUUGACCAAUGAGUGACAAUCACAUUGGAUAUUUACUUUAAUGAUUUAAUGUUAAACCAAGUUUGUAUUUCUGGGACCUCCUCAUUAUCUGGUACCGGUCAAAGUUUUCUUUCUUCACCUGUGUAGAAUUGUAUGGCACGUUUUAUGCACUGAACAUGCUACUGUGAUCAUACUGUGCUAAGUUACUGUGAUUCUGCUUUGCAUGAGAGGCAAAGAUGAUGGUGUCCAGUGUCAAUAAUGUUGCUUACUGUAACAUGUCUGUUAUGGAUGUUCUCUGAUUCCUGAGUUUUAUUAAAGAAGUUACAAUCAUAUUUUUCUGGGUUGAUUGAAUCAACAAUGAAGAAAUGUAAUGACAUUGUUAAGCAGUCAUAAGAUAAGUAAUUAUGUCUAUAACAAUGUCAAUGACUAAUUGAUGACAUCAAUGAAAUGAGUGAUGAAACAGUCAAGUUGUUAGUGGUUAACCCAGACCUUUGGUUUCAAGGCCCUCCCAGUGGUGAAGGUGAUUGUGGAGCCAGGGGUAAGAAGCCCCUCCCACUAACCCACUCUUCCUCAUCGUCAUCGUUUCUGUUGUCAGUCAGUCAGUCGUCACGUUAGUUUGGAAUGAAAUAUCAUGUUCUGAAUUACAUUCUUUAUUGAGGCUUUGUCUUGCCUGUUUUGUGGCCUGGUACCAUGGACAAGAUCAGUUCUGGUUUGGGAUCUUGCUCGUGUUGAUAGUCAUCUCAUUAUCAGUCUUUUGUUAUGUUGUUUUGUUCAUGUUUGACCUGGAUCAUGUAGAUGCUGUGGGUUUGCUUGUUUCUAAAGCAGUCAUUCAACGGAGCAUGUGUCUGGACAUUCCCACCAAGUCUGGAGACAUGCCCCUGUAUGACUCCUAGGAGUGGGGACACUUGUCUUUGGUGGCUACUGUAUGUAUGUGGCUGUGUAUGCAUUGCAUUCACACAAGUCAAGGACUCUUGCAUGUUCUUCUACCUGAAUGCGUACACACAUGCAUUGAUGUGCACCCACCCACCCACCACACACACACACACACACACACAACACAAACACAAACUGCAUGUUGAUCUCUGGCCUGCUCCUAGCUGUGUGUUAAAGCAGUACCAUCAGUCCUAUGGGUGUUCCACCUCCUGUUUCUCUCUCUGUCUCAGAACACAGAGGACAGCGCUCGCAUCUCCAUCACAUUCUUCCGCUUGUUUCGAGUCAUGCGAUUGGUCAAGCUGCUCAGCAGAGGGGAGGGCAUCCGAACGCUCCUGUGGACCUUCAUCAAGUCCUUCCAGGUGAGAGAAUAAUCCACUCAGGUAACAGCGGAGUCAUACGGGUCAGACUGUAACCAUACAGGUGAAGGUGCACCUUCUCUUCCUGAGUCUGAACACACUACUGAAACUGUCCUUCUCUCUCUGGCAUUCAUUCCUAGGCUCUUCCCUAUGUUGCCCUCCUGAUAGCCAUGUUAUUCUUCAUCUAUGCUGUUAUUGGAAUGCAGGUAACUGACAAACAUUUCUCUUUGAAUUGACAUUAUGAUUAGCUUAUCUACAGGACUUGUUCCUUCGUAACACACUGUGUUGUUUGUUUCAGGUGUUUGGAAAGAUCGCCAUGGUAGACGGCACACAGAUUAACCGCAACAACAACUUCCAGACCUUUCCUCAAGCUGUCCUUAUGCUCUUUAGGUGUGUGUGUGUGUGUGUGUGUGUGUGUGUGUGACUAGUUUGUUUAUUAUGUGUCAUCAUAUUGUGGUGUGCUAGGGACAAGUUUGGCAGCAGAUCAAGCUAACGUGUAUACGGUUAUGGAUGUUGAAUAGUUGUGGUUGUGUUGGGGUCAUAAUAUGACUUGAAUGUUCUCAGGUGUGCUACAGGUGAGGUGUGGCAGGAGAUCAUGCUGGCAUGUCUGCCAGGGAAGCUGUGUGACUCAGAGUCAGACUACAACCCUGGAGAGGAGAGAACCUGUGGCAGCGGAUUCGCUAUUAUCUACUUCAUCAGCUUCUACAUGCUCUGCGCCUUCCUGGUACACACACACACAUUCACACAGCAUGUAGACACACGCAUGCACACACACAUACAGUCUUGUACAGCUAACCUUGUGGGGACACACAAUUCAGUCCCAUUCAAAAUCCUAUUUUCCCUAACCCCUAAACCUAACCCUAACCCGUACUCUUACCCUUACCCUCACCCUAACCUUAACCCAUAAACUUAACCUAACCUUAACCCUAAACCUAACCCUAGCUCCUAACCCUAAAACUAACCCUAGCUCCUAACCCUAACCCUUAACAUAAUUCUAACCCAAACACUAAUUCUAACCUUAACCCUAAACCCCCUAGAAAUAGCAUUUGAUCUUGUGGGGACUAAGAAAAUGUCCCCAGUAGUUGACAUUUUUGUUGGUUUACUAUUCUUGUGGGGACUUCUGGUCUACACUAGCAUAGUUAAACACGUCUACUGAGUGUCUUACUACCUCUGUUCCAGAUCAUCAACCUGUUUGUUGCUGUCAUCAUGGAUAACUUUGACUAUCUGACGCGUGAUUGGUCCAUUCUGGGCCCUCACCACCUGGAUGAGUUUAAAAGGAUCUGGUCUGAGUACGACCCUGAGGCUAAGUGAGUCUGCAUUACCAUCUGGACACACACACACACACACACACACACACACACACACACACACACACACACACACACGCACACACACACACACAUGAAAAAAGUACUCAAUUGUCAUACUUGAGUAAAAAUACCUUCAUAGAAAAUGAAAAGGUGAAAGUCACCCAGUAAAAUAUUACUUGAGUAAAAGUCUAAAAGUAUCUGGUUUUAAAUGUAAAAAAAAGUGCUAUCUAAAACCUAAAAAGGUUAUUCGACUGUCCCCAUAGGAGAACCCUUUGAAGCACCCUUGUUGGUAGAACAGUUUUUCCACAGAGGAUUCUACAUUGAACCCCAAAUGGUUCUACUUGGAACCAAAAAGGGUUCUCCUAUGGCCGAAGAACUCUUUUGGAACCCUUUUUUCUAAAAAGUACUCAAUUGUCCUAAUUGACUAAAAGUUAAAAGUCAAAGUAAAUGCUAUACAUCAAAUUCCUUAUAUUAAACAAAACAGACGGCACAAUUUUCUAUUAAAUUUUUUUUUAUGGACAGUCAAGGGGACAUUCCAACACUCAAACAUAAUUUACAAACACAGUAUUUGUGUUUAGUUAGUCCACAAGAUCAGAGGCAGUAGGGAUGACAACGUGUUAUAUUAAUAGGAUUGUGAAUUAGUGUUAGGGUUAGAAUUACGUUAAGGUUUAGGGUUAGGAGCUAGGGUUAGUUUUAGGGUUAGGGUUAGGUUUUUGGGUUAAGGUUAAGGUUAGGGUUAGGGUUAAGGUUAGGGUGAGGGUUAGGGUUAUUGCUGUCCUGCCUGAGCAUUCGAAAUGUAACAAGUAUUUUGGGGUGUCAGGGAAAAUGUAUGGAAGUAAAAAGUACAUAUUUUCUUUAGGAAUGUAGUGGAGUAAAAGUAAAAGUUGUUAAAAAUAUAAAUAGGAAAGUACAGACAAAUUACUUAAGUAGUACUUCAAAGUAUGUGUUACUUUCAGGGGUGUGUUGGUUUCAGGAGUGUGUUGGUUUCAGGAGUGUGUAGUUUUCAGGAGUGUGUUGCUUUCAGGAGUGUGUUGCUUUCAGGAGUGUGUUGCUUUCAGGAGUGUGUUUCUGUCUCUUUCAGGGGCAGGAUAAAGCAUCUGGAUGUGGUCACCUUGCUAAGACGCAUCCAGCCUCCUCUAGGCUUCGGCAAGCUGUGUCCACACAGAGUGGCCUGCAAGGUGUGUUUAUACACCCACACAAACACACACAUUAUAUUCAACACACAGCACAAACAUUACACACACAUGUUACACAAGGUGUUCAUAUUGUGGGCUCAAUCUUGCCCUGGUUAACUCAUGUGUUGCAUAACCUUAACUCCUUUCAGAGACUGGUUGCCAUGAACAUGCCCCUGAACAGUGAUGGCACGGUCAUGUUCAACGCCACCCUGUUUGCCUUGGUGAGGACCGCUCUGAAGAUCAAGACCGAAGGUGAGCAGUCCGGUCAUCGCAGCAGCAGCUGCUGUGGACAUUCACUUUUGAGGAUAGGCGAGCUUGGCAUAUUACACCAACUUUAUGGUAGGGGAUUUAGUACUGCCUGUAGCCACAAGAGGGUGCUGCUGGGGGUUAACACAGUGAUGAUGUCUGAAUGAGGACAUACAGUCUGGGACACAAUCAUCAUACAGUUUCUCAGAAUGUACUCAAAAUACUCUUAUACAGUGGCCUGCUCAAUGGCUGUUUUGAUUGGUCCAAAACAUUGACCAAGUGUUUGUUUCCUAGGCAACCUGGAGCAGGCCAAUGAGGAGUUGCGAGCGGUCAUCAAGAAGAUCUGGAAGAGGACCAGCAUGAAGCUGCUGGACCAAGUGGUGCCGCCCGCAGGCGGUCAGUAGAAUGGCUCCAGUCUCUGUGAUGUCUGUCCACAGUAACUGGACAGUAGAUGUGCCGUUACCUCAUGGCUAGCCUUGUUACAGAGAGGUGGCAGACUGCCCUGCACACCCACACAUGCUCAUUUGGGAUGUACACUUUAAACAUACAAAUGCGCUGUGCAAAUGCACAUGCAUAAGCAGUGAUCAGGGUGGCGAUCCUAUGCUCCAGGCUGACCUGCAACAAAGCUUUCCCUCAGCAGUGGUAUUACACAUAAUACAUUCAUGGGACUUGUUGCAUAGAGGUACAUGGAUUGCUAACAGUAUAUGUUCUUUGGUUAUUAGCAGUCACACAUUGAGAAUAAAAUCAUUCAUUGACAUUAGGGAUCCAUUGCCUUACUGACCUUCUAGUGAAACAGUUUGCUUUGACUAAUUAUUGACAGGCAGUUGAGUCCUCUCUUCCUGGUUUCAUGUGUCAAUAGCUGUUAAAGCCUAGUCGUUUGACCACAGAUAAGAGCAGGAUCAGAUAAAGGAGCAGACAGUCACUUCAGUUCAGAGAAACUCACCUUAUCUCACUCUAUCUUUCCAUCCACGCAGAGUGUGCUCAUAUCAAAGGUCAAAUAGGGGGUGCUUAUAUUUGUCCUGUUUCACACAUGUACAAGUCUGUGGCCUGUACAAGUGUGUUGCAUACACUCUCAGAGAGUGGGGUUACAGCCAGGGAUCAGCCAUUAUUGAUGGCGUUCCUGCAUAUGCUAACUGCAGCCUGACUCUGGGGCUCCCUAUUGAUAGUCAGGCCAGGUUCAAUCUGAUAUGAUACCCUAUUCACUUUAUUGUGCACUUAGUAGUGUACUUUAUAGGAAGGGAAUAUGGUGGCAGUUAGGAUGCAGACUCACAGCACCCAUGUGUUUCUGUGCAAUGCCAUGCUCAACUGUUUUGCUGUGUAUUCUUUUGUUGUCUCACACUUGGUUGUCCUGGGCCGUACUGUACUAUACAGUCUGUAGUGUCAUGCUGUGUCAUGCUGUGUUGUACUGUGUUGAUGUUGACCAACCUGUGAUGUUUUCACUGUUCCCUAGUUUGCUGCAACCCACCCUUAUUUUUUGUAUUCAUUUUAUUUACCUAGUUGUCCUUUGCUGCACUAUGCUUUGUGAUUUAGCUCUGAUGCUUUAGCUCUGAUGCUUGGCUCCGAUGCUUUAGCUCUGAUGCUUGGAUCUGAUGCUUUAGCUCUGAUGCUUGGCUCUGAUGCUUGGCUCUGAUGCUUUAGCUAUGAUGCUUGGCUCUGAUGCUUGGAUCUGAUGCUUUAGCUCUGAUGCUUGGCUCUGAUGCUUGGAUCUGAUGCUUGGCUCUGAUGCUUGGCUCUGAUGCUUGGCUCUGAUGCUUUAGCUAUGAUGCUUGGCUCUGAUGCUUGGCUCUGAUGCUUGGAUCUGAUGCUUGGCUCUGAUGCUUGGCUCUGAUGCUUUAGCUCUGAUGCUUGGCUCUGAUGCUUGGCUCUGAUGCUUUAGCUCUGAUGCUUUAGCUAUGAUGCUUGGGAUCUGAUUCUUGGCUCGUUCUAGCACUGCAUGCUCUGCUAUAACUACUAACUCCUCUUGUUCUCUCUCUCUCUUUCUGGCUAAGCUUCUCUUCUCCACAGCUUUCCCUCCUCCUCUCCCUCUUCUUCCGUAGUCUCUUUCCCUCUCUCUGCCGCCCGGAAUUUCCUGCAGCAGUUCUGUUUUUGGCCGGUGGCAUGGAACUAUUGUUCUCUCUCUCUCCUGUGUCUUAUGUCCCCAGUCUGCUUACUAACUAGCUGAGUGACACCGAUCGCUGCUUCCUCUGUUCUGUACUGCUUCCCUGGCCUGCGCAUCGCUUUUGACAGCUUAGAUACACUCGUCUCUCUGCUGUAUACUUCUUGUUAGAUGCUUCUAACUGUGGCGGUAUCCCUGUACUGUAGCUAGCUAAGCCUUAGGUAAUAACAUCAGUACUGUAGUUGGAUGUGUAGCUAGCUGUGUGGUAGACUUUAGUCAGAUGUGAUUGUGAAUAUAAGGUUGUGGUUGGUUUGAUAGGAAACAAACGUUGCACCGCUUCAUCUCAUGACUGUAUUGAGUUGAGGCUAGUGUCUCUUUGCUAGUUUAAAAUUCUACGUUUCAGAACUGUUGAUAUUUUGAUAAUGCCAGAGACUCUCUAGUGGGUAGAGCUGCUGAUGUUGUUUUGAGAGGUCUGGUGGGCUGAUAUUUUGCUGGCUGUUUCUGAUGGCUGUCUGUCAGAAGGUCAGGCCUGUGCUCGGCUAUGUUCUCUGUCACCACAGAUGUACAGGUCCAGGAAGAAAGCUGAGAAGCUGCUGAUUCUAUCACACUGGUCUGGUAGACACCAAACUGCAGUGUAGAGCUUGGUUAAAGUCCCAUGCAUUUUCAGCUUUUUUAUGAAUCUUUGAUACGUUAUAUGCCACAGACUGCUUUGCACAAAGUUUGGUGAUCCCUAUAAAGUCAGCUACCGUGCUAAAGAAUAAUGGGUUAUACGGUGCGUGAUGGCGUGGUGCGGUGCUGACAGUGGAGGCGUUUGUGUGGUCUGUUCACUCAGAUGAUGAGGUAACCGUGGGGAAGUUCUAUGCUACCUUCCUGAUACAGGACUACUUCAGGAAAUUCAAGAAACGCAAAGAGCAAGGCCUGGUGGGAAGAAACUCAUUCACCAGCCUGAACUCCACCAUCGCCCUCCAGGUGAGUCUCAACUGCUGUACUGUUCUGUACUGGACUGUACCAUUUGACCUCCUCUAAGGUUGUCAACACUAACAAAACUCCACUAUUAUGGCCAAUCUGUAUGUAACACAAGUCAAUAUAUUUUAACUGCAGAUACCUGUAGAACUCAAAAGAUAAUAACCUUUGAAACAACAACUGAUGACAUGACUUACAAACCCAAAUAUGGGUGCUAUUUUAGUAAGAUAAUAACACAUUGAUAAGGGUAAACAAUAUGUAACUGCUAGUUUGCGAUAAAUCACACUGAGUAGUGCUUUGCCCAAUCACCACUGGACAUCGGCAAAGCAGCAGGCCACUGCGUCUGAACAAACACAAUGCUGCUUCCCUGGCCUGCACUUUGCUAUUUCACCUCUGGCCAUGCUAACAGCUACAGACUAUCCCCUUUCUUAUCCACUUCUAGUGAUAAUGAGAGAUAAAGAGAACAACAUAUCUAUAGCUUUACAAAGCACCUCAGUAUGUCUGGUCUGAAGGUCUUUGUGUGUACUGUAUGUGUCUGACCUUAUGCUUCAGUUCAUAUAUGUGUGUGUGUGUAUUCUUCAGUUGUGCGCAUGUGUUUGUGUUCCUCCCGGCGCUCAGCUGCUCUCUUGUCGUCGUUGCAGGCUGGCCUUCGCACACUGCAUGAUAUUGGGCCUGAAAUCCGCCGAGUCAUAUCAUGUGACCUGCAAGACGAGGGCCUUGUAGACAUUAACGCAGAAGAAGACGACGAGAUUUAUAGGGUAAAUCACUGUCCCAGUUCAUUCAAUAAGUGUGCUCGACACGUUCAGAGGGCAGGGUUCGCUUUUUACAGCCAAUGGAAUGGUCCCAAAUUCAGUUUAUGUGGUUGCUGGGUGAGCUAAAUCAAGUGACUAUUAAAACAGGUCCUUUGUUGGCGUAUGGUUUGGGAAAAGCUUGCUUGCCUGUUAGGGACUGCUUGUUCAUAGUGUGCUUGUUAGUAGUAGGUGAAGUUUGCUGAGGGAGAUCAUGGCAAAUAAAAGAGAGCUAGGUUACAUACGCUUAAACCGACGCAGCUGUCAUCAUGUUAAUUGACUCAUAACUAAAUGUCAAAGAUCUUUACAUUGUUAUCUUUCAACUGGUCUCAACAAGACUUGAUUCCUUUCUGCAAAUCAUACACCAGCCUGGUCUCAUAGACUAGACAUAACAUAGUAAACGUAAAUCUGGGACACUCAAAUAAGUAUGACAUGUUACAUUUGGUAUGGUUACAUAAGACAGAAGGUUACUUAAGGCAAAAAUGAAAGGAGGGUGGUUGGUCGGGGUUGGCGUAUUAUGUGAACGUCUAGCAACCCAAAGGUUGCGUGUUUGAAUGGCAUCAUGGACAACUUUAGCAUUUUAGCUAAUUAGCAACUUUGCAACUACAGUACUUACUACUUUUUAGCUACUUUGCAACUACCUAGCAUGUUAGCUAACCCAUUCCCUAACCCUAACCUUAACACUUUAACCUAACGUGACUCGUGACCCGGGUUCACUUCCUGCUCCCUCCAUUCGAUACAAUAACACUCAUAUUGCCUGUGAACCCAGAGCAUACAGAUGACAGAGUUGUUCAACCCAGUGGUUUUUAAAGUCAGUCCUCUUUCAUAGCAUGUUUUGCACAAAAACCUUCACUAAAUGCACGGUUAAUUUUAUACUUUCAUUAUCUGUUUAGCAUAAUUUAGUGAAGUUUGGAAUGAAGACCUCAAUGACAAAGUGCCCUACCACCAGGACAGACCCAAAGCCAGUGGUUAAGUUUAAUCACUGUGUUAUUAUGGUCAUGUGUACUGUCGGUUCUGACCGGAGUGUUGUCUCUACAGAGAAACGGUGUGAUCUUCUCCAACCACACCAAUCACGUUAGCGGGGACCACCGGGGUUCCGCCCACCAGACUAACGUCACUCAGCGGCCCCUUCAGGUCCCACCUCCUUCCUGUCACGCCUCUGUGGAGCCCUCCCAGGUCGGCUCUGAGGAGAGGGCAGGCGACCCCCACUGCUACAACCACUACUACCCCAAAUCCCCCAUAUCCUCCAACGCCAACCUUAACAAUGCCAACGUGCCCGCUGUUCCCUCCUUGACCAACGGGGGGCAGCGCCGCUGUCUCCACCGUGAGCACCCGUCUGCUAAUGGGGCACUCUCCUCCAGCUCACACCGCAAGAUUGUUGACUUCGACACCCACACCACGGUCCAAUCUGCAAGGUAACUUAAGAUGCUGCUUUCUUGGCUAGGUCUCUCUGGUAAAAUAGGUCUCUUGACCCCAAUUAGACUUCCUGGUUAAGUAAAAGUUAGAUAAUAUUAUGGUUCUCUCCAUCUUUAAUGCAGUAGUCAUUGAAUGCUGGUAAUGAACUAGUUGAUUAUUUUAGGUGUGAUUUCAUGUGUGAUGAGCACACUGGUUACCUGCUUGCGUAAUGUCUAGGAGCUGUGGAGCUCCAGUGGUGUAAAGGACUUAAGUAAAAAUACUUUAAAGUACUACUUAAGUCGUUUUUGGGGGUAUCUGUACUUUACUUUACUAUUUAUAUUUUUGACAACUUUUACUUUUACAUCACUACAUUCCUAAAGAAAAUAAUUUACUUUUUACUCCAUACAUUUUCCCUGACACCCAAAAGCAGGACAGACAUUUUUUCCAAUUCACACACUUAUCAAGAGAACAUCCCUGGUCAUCCCUACUGCCUCUGAUCUGGCGGACUAACUGAACACACAUACUUCGUUUGUAAAUGAGUGUUGGAGUGUGCCCCUGGCUAGCCGUAAACAAAUAUUUUUAAAAUGGUGCUGUCUGGUUUGCUUAAUAUAAGGAAUUUUAAAUGAUUUAUACUUUUACUUUUGAUACUUAAGUAUAAUUGAGCAAUUACAGUACAUUUACUUUUGAUACUUAAGUAUAUUUCAAACCACGUACUUUUAGACUUUUACUAAAGUAGUAUUUUACUGGGUGACUUUCACUUUUACUUGAGUCAUUUUCUAUUAUGGUAUCUUUACUUCUACUCAAGUAUGACAAUUGGGUACUUUUUCCACCGCUGUGGAACUCUAUUAGAGGAACCCCAUGACAACAGAUGUGGAUCUGAAUAGGGCGUUUGUGUUUUGAAAUUGUUGCCCCCAUCACAUCCUCACCACACCUCACCAUUUCCUUCACAUAUCCUGGCCUUCCAUAGAAUGGAUCUUUUCAGCACCAUUAAUUCUUGCACCACAAGGGUCUCUAUUCAAUCUGCAUCGCUGAAGCAUUACAGAUUGCACGAUAGAAAUGUUAAAGUAAUUUCCGAUUUAGCCGACAUAUGCAGCGUUUACCGUGAAUGCUAACGCUGGAACUUUGCCUUUCAAUUUCAAUCACACUGUAACGAUGAACUUCAGCGAUACAGAUUGAAUAGAGCCUAAGAGCUCUUUGUGUCGAAAUCCUGGAAUUGUGUGUAUUUAUCAGCAACACACACACACACUCCAGACCCAUUCAUUCAUGACUACCUGACCUCACCACUCCCGGUUUCCUCUGUAUCCAUCCACCUACCUUUCUCAUUCAUCACAAUACGUUAUAUCAUCCAGACCAUCUCUUACUGUAGGCUGAAUCAUCACCACAUCUACUGUACACACGUAUGAUAAAUAGAUAGAAUGUUACCUGUGGUGUUACUUCUAUGAUGUUUCACCCUUUUUGGUGGUCAUGUUUAUUGUUUUAUAUGUCUUGGAUUAUUAUUUCUGUUUGUCUCACAUUACGGAUUGUGUCUUGUCUUUGUCAUUGCAUGCCCUUCUCCUCACCUGUCCCAAAUACAAAUUCCCUUCACCACCACUUGCUUGCUUGGACAGGAGGUGCUACUAUGAGACCUACAUUAGGUAUGUGUAUGAAACUAUCACCGCUUAAUGACUCCAAUCUUUCCUUGGUUUAUAAUGAGCUGUGAGCAACACCCCCCAAAACAUGAAUGAUAUACUAUUGUUUACAGUUGUAAACCAUUUGAUGAAUUCAUCUGUAUCUUCUUUCAAAUGCAGAGCUUUAGUCUGUGAUCUGUAUGUACAGUGUUUAUACAGUGUGUUCAAACCUUUUCCUCAAUCCCCCCUCUUCUGGUUGAACUUUGACCUUUUGACCUCAGGUCAGAAUCAGGGGGUGUUCUGUACCCCACGAUUCGCAGAGAGGAGCCAGGGGGGGCAGACAGUGAUGAUGACAGGGGCUCUGGAGAAUACUUCAGUGGGGAGGAGUACCAGGAGGAUGAUAUCAUGUUGCACAAAAACAGGUAUCACCAUGGAAACCACUAUGUACUGUACUGUUCCUGCUGUUGACAAGGUGGUUGUUUAUUGAUGAUGUUGUUGUUCAGGAUGUCCCAUAAGGAGUAUCAAGACCAUCAAACUGACUUUGACACAGAGGCGUCCAGGGAUUACCAUCAACCGGACAGUCUCUAUGAUGACGACCAGCAACCCAUUUACCAGGAUGGUGGGCGGUCGGCGAAACAACGGUUGCUCCCCUCUACAUCCCACGGUGAGGCCCCUUGGUCACUGAUUGGCUGAUAAAGAGGAUGAUGUAACACUCAAAUGUAAUACGACCCAUAUCUGUAACUAAAAGGUGUCUCUCUUGUGUUUAAACCUAUAGCCCUCCACAGACCCUCAUUCAACUUUCAUUGUCUGCGGAAACAAAGCAGUCAAGACGAUGACAUCCCCUUGACCCAUUCCAUUCCCCAUCGAACAGCUCUACCCCUGCAUCUGAUGCAGCAGCAGGUAGGUACCACUGAACCAAACACACACAACCAAACUGAUGCUUACCCUUAUAUGCACCAAAAUAUGCUAGACAUGACUCACUACACAUACAAUAUGUAUCACUCUUCAUUUAGGCAAUAUAAUAAAGGUAUGUGUAUGGUUUGACCCCCUUUAACCCCUUCAUUAAUCUGUUGCCUAGGUGAUGGCGGUGGCUGGCCUGGACUCCAGAAGAGUCCAGCGUUUCUCUCCACCACGCUCUCUACGCUCCUGGGCCACACCCCCAGUCUCCCCCAUCAGCAGGGACCACUCCCACUACUACACACCCCUCAUCCAGGUGUGUGUGUGUGUGUUUGUGUUGGAGUGUGGUAAGCAAUGGCUUACCACACUCCAACAAGGCCUCCUGUAGCUCAGUUGGUAGAGCAUGGCGCUUGCAACGCCAGGGUUGUGGGUUCGAUUCCCGAGGGGGGCCAGUAUGAAAAAUGUAUGCACUCACUAACUGUAAGUCGCUCUGUAUAAGAGCGUCUGCUAAAUGACGUAAAUGUAUAUUGAGAGAUACUGUACAUAUAUGAAUGUAAAUGUGUUGAUUCAUGUGUCUGUAUAUAUCCAGGUGGACUGGCGUGGGCUGAGCAGUGUGAGUAGCACCCCUUGCUCUGUGAGAAGGAGCUCCUGGUACACUGACGCCCCAGAAGCCCCCCUAAGCCGUACCUACUCCCCCUCACAGCUCCAGAUCCCACCAGAGUACCGCAGGCAUUACCACCAGAAGAGAGGCAGUGCUAACAGCCUAGUGGAGGCUGUGAGUAGCCCUGACACACACACACACACACACACACUACACUUUGAUUGAUUGACUGAUCGAAUGACUGAUUUUCCCCUCUGUAAUGUUUCAGGUGUUGAUUUCAGAAGGACUGGGGAAAUACGCCAAGGACCCCAAGUUUGUGGCAGCAACGAAGCACGAGAUCGCGGACGCCUGCGAGAUGACCAUCGACGAGAUGGAGAGUGCCGCCAGCAACCUGCUGAACGGCAGUGUGGGUAAUGGGGCAGCGGCCACGGACACAGUGACUGCCUCGAGCCUCAGGGACCGUAAUCUCCAUGACUACAGUGAUGAGGAGCCGGACACGAGUGGGAAAUGCGAGGAGGAUUUGACUGAUGAGAUUAUAUGCAUCAGCACCCUAUAG